AAAUUGCCAUUGCAGGAUGGCAUUCCACUAUAAAUUCAUUGUUCCACCUCCUCUCAUCUUCACAGCUCUCGCUCUUCUCCUCUUGUUCACAUCGGCGGACUGGGGAUAACGCCGCCGCCGCCGCCACCAAACACCCAUUAAACUCGGAGAGGGAGGAGGGGGAACCUUGAGAAUCUGGGACCUUUCUCCCACCCCCUGACCGGCAAGGGAGGGCUUGUUUUCUCCUACCUCUCUCCCUCUCACACACAUUCAUUCACUCACUCACUCACUCUUUCUGCCGUCCGCCUCUCCAAACCAACUCAUCAACCCCAAAAACAAGGGGACGGAGGAAGCCGGCGAGACCCUCGGAGCUGUGCCAGAGCCGACCUCGCUCCCGUCGGAUGACUCGGUGGCCGAGAGAGCGAGCGAGAGCGAGCGAGGCGCCAAGUCCCAACUUCGCCGAUGCCUCCUGGCUGCUGCGAGAGCCGUGUCUCCCUCCCACCGAUGCGCUCUUGACUCGUCCGGCGAAGACUUCUCCAGCCUUUUGUUUUCCACCAGCCUGUCCCGUUCGCGCCCCGAUCUGCCCGAUCUCCCGCCCGGAUCGCCGACCCGGCAAUCGAUUAUCCGUCUGCUGCUGCUGCGGAGCCCACCAUGCUGCUGAAGUUGCCCUGCCCUCCGCUGCCGGCGCUGCUGCUGCUUGCAAGCUUGCAAGCGGCUGCCUCGGCCGCCGGAGUUUCCCCGGCAACUUCAGCACCUGCCUAUGAUAAAGCUGUGCAGCUCUCCAAAGCAGCAGCAGCAGCAGCGCCGCCGCCGCCGCCGGGCGCUGCGCCCCCCUUCUUCGUCCCGGAGCAGCAGCAGCCACGCGGGUCCAGCGGCCUCGUGGAGCGCGUGGACCAGACGUACUCGGGGGGCGGCAAGGUGGGCUACGUCCUGUACGCCGGCGGGCAGCGCUUCCUGUUGGACCUGGAGAAGGACGCGCUGCUGGGCUCCGCGGAGCAGCUGCUCCAGGGCAAGGGGCGCUGCUACUACCGCGGAACCGUGGACGGCAGCGCGCAGUCCUUGGCCGUCUUCGACCUUUGCGGCGGCUUGGACGGCUACUUCGCGGUCAAGCACGCCCGCUACACCGUGAAGCCGCUGCGUCUGGCAGACGAUGGCGGGGAAGGGGCCGAGGAGGAGGAGAAGCCCGCCCGGGAGCGCAUCUACGACGGGGAGUCCGCGCGGGUGGCGCACCUCUUCUCCAAGGAGCACUUCAGCUUCCAAACGGUGCCUUCUCGGCCCAGCUGCGAGACGCGCGGCUCGCCCAAGGUGCCCUUUCUGGAACAGAAGAAGCUGGGCCUGCGGCAGGAGGAGACGGAUUUCACCACCAGGGCGGCGCUGUCGAGAAACUUCUCCCCGCCGGCCGGCCCCAGAAACAGAAAGCGGCGCUCCAUCUCGCGGGCCAGGCAGGUGGAGCUGCUGCUGGUGGCCGACGACUCCAUGGCCAAGAAGUACGGCAAGGGUCUCCAUCACUACCUGUUGACCUUGGCCACCAUUGCCUCCCGCCUCUAUGGACAUGCCAGUAUUGAGAACCACAUCCGCCUGGCGGUGGUGAAGGUGGUGGUGCUGGGGGACAAGGAGAAGGGCUUGGAGGUGAACAAGAACGCGGCCACCACCCUCAAGAACUUCUGCAAGUGGCAGCACCAGCACAACCAACUGGACGACCAGCACGAGGAACAUUAUGACGCUGCCAUCCUCUUCACCCGUGAGGUAGGUUUGGGAGGAGGCCGUGGCUGAGGGAUCCCGCUCAGGCCUCCGCCAGCCUUGCGGAGCUGGGUUCAUCACCCUCAGCUUCAUUCUUCUGCUUCACCGCAGGUGUGUUGGACUUGAUGACCCAAGAGGUCCUCUCUUGGGCUUUAUGAAUGUAUGUGAUUGUAUUGCUGCUGUCUUUUUCUUUCUUUCUUUUAAAAUUCAUCUCUGGUUGUAAAUGUCCAAAGGUUUCGUAGCUACUGUCUUAAGAAUCCAAAGUGCUACUGAAAACACUCAUUUGCCAUUGGGUUCAAUAUCACUAAUGCUAGGGUGGUGUCACAUCAGGUUUAGUAGAUACUUGAGGUUCCAGUAAUAAUUCCAAGCAUCUGCUGGGAGCCUGAGUGAAAGGGGAGAUGAUAGAUAGAUAGAUAGAUACACACACAUAUGGAUAGGGAAGCCCAGGGUGCUUCCACACAGCAGCUUAUUGUUGACUCGGUGUUGCUGCUGUGCCCAAGUUCUGCACAGCAUUCAUGUGAUGUCCUCAUCAAAAGGUAGUCCCCUGUUAUUUUCCCAUUUAUUGUAGGCUUACUGUUCCUGCAGAAAACUAAAGUUUUGCUUGUUUUUUUUGUUUUUAAAUCAUUGGAAAUGGUCACUCUGGAUUCAGUGUGGAAGGGGGAGGAUAGGUUGGCAAUUUGAUGAGAAUAUCACAUGUGCAAAAGUUGCAUGCAUGAGCAGCGCUGGGUCCACAAUGAACUGCUGUGUGGAAGCGCCCUUGUUUCCAAACAAAAUAACAAGCAAUUGGGUCAUGUGUCCAUUUGAGAUGCAUCAUCCUCCUGCACUCAUUGCACUAACCAUGAGAUGUUUCUCCAUCUGGUGCACAGAUUGGAAGUAGAACUGUUGGAGCUCUGUAUGCUGAUGGUGAAGAACUGAUGCAAUUUAUGUUGUAGCAAAAACAGGAUCUUAAACAGGUGUUUGUAAACACAGUUGCCAACCAGAGGUUUUUUGAAAUUAUCAGGUCAUUGGUCCAUCUAGUUCAGUACUGUCUACACCGACUGGCAGCUUCAGGGUUUCAUACAGGGGUCAAUUCCCAGUCCAAUGAGGAGGUGCUGGGAACUGAACCUGGGACCAUUUGCAUGCAAAGCCUGUGCUCUAACCACUGAGCUAUGACCUAUCACACCAGUUAUGAUCUUUAAAUCCUGUCCAGUGAGCAGAAACUUGCCUUCUGCCUCUUCUGUGCCAAAGACAUCCCUGACACCUGGUAGUGCAGAGAGAAAGUAUGUGCAUUGCUCAUCUUUCAACAAGCUCUUCCAAGAUUCAUGUCCUCAUUCCACCUACAACCUGUUAACUUUCUCAUAAGGCUGUCGUGUCCAUAAUUUGCAUAGAAUAACCAUUAGGAGGUUCUUAUUAUAGGAGAGCAAGCUGUUAGGAUUUUAAGAAAUAAAUAAAAGUAAGUUUUUUUCUAUUGAUGUUGCUCCUGAACAGCAAUGUAUAGCCCUCUAUUAAGAUGACGCAACACAUGUUCUAGCCAAACUUAUACCCAGUGCUGAAGCUCACCUAAAUUUUCUGUUGGGUGGUGGUGGAAAUGAACCCAUUUAAGUAAUAAGAUAAGGCACUGGUAGGCUUGCUAAUCUUUUGGUGUAUCUACCAGAUGAGAAGAAGAACUAUGAACACCUCUGGCUCAAAUCCCAGUCUGACUCUGUUGAGAUUAAAGGGAAAGGAAAAUGUGUGAGGUGGCCUCAGGGAGCUCACAACUUCCUUGCUUAGUUGCUGGUAAUUUAACAUGGCAUUUCCAGCAUGAAAAGAAAGUAGCAAUAAAACCGGAGAGGCGCAACAUGUGUGGCUCAAGAGAGGGGAACGUAAAUUCAAACCACAUGUAAACAUAGCUGCAGAAAAGUGGUGCACCAAGGUAGGCGAGGGGUGGGGCUCUAAUGCCUCAUUAUCCACAGCGUGGAAAUUGGUCUCCUAAUCUGUUAGAAUUCUGAACUGGCAAGGGUUCUCCAUACAGCUUUCUGGAUGAGUGCUGAGUGAUAAUCCAGCAGCAUUGGCUGAACUAGUUAAGGGGAGUGGUUCCAGAGGAACAUGUGACACUGUUUAUGCAGCAGAACUUUUCAACAUGAAUGUCCCCUUCAGCAUGUUCUUCCGCUUUUCCUUCUUUAAUUCAGAAAAACACAUAACUUUCCAUUAGAGUUCCCUUCCUCCGCUACAUCACAAGAGUGCCAGGAAAAAGAGAGGCUUGGGAUAGUUUGUGGAAUGAGUUACUCCAGUGAAGGAGUAAGGAGAGAGACAGAAAAAGCCCUCGUAUGUUUAUUUAUUCCUCCAAAUACUUGAAAUAUUAUGGUGUUCCUGUCGUGCUGCACUUGUGCUGUAUGUUCUCUCUGUUGAUGUCCAAAGCCAUUUGUUUUCAACCAUGAACUCAGGAGUCUCCUGAGUUCAACCCAGAUUUUUAUCAACACAAACAAAAUCUGACAUGCUUUUCUAGGCUCCUUUGAGACUAGCUUCCCUCAAUCUGAUUCUGCAGUUUAUAUAAGCAAGGCGUUUAAUGGUCCACCUGAUUUUAGAAAAUUGCUUUGGAGAGAACAGAGCUUGACAACUUGCAUUUUUCUCAGUACAGUCACACACAUAUGCAUGCACUAGAGUUUCCCAGGGAAAGGGAUCUAGCAAGGUGGCAACUCAGUACUCUUAAGACAAGUUUUUAAUUACUGCACAUCAGGUAUGACCAAUGUAGUGUCCUCCUGAUACUUAGCAGUAGCUUUUAGGAGCAGUCCAUAUUACCAAAGUGGGAUGAUCCACUUCAGAUAUAUAACCAAUUCAAAUAGACAUAUAGAUAGACAGCCAUUAUACCUUCAGAACAUGAACUGGAUGUGCACAUGGUGGAAUAGUCAUAUGAAAUUGCCAUCUAGAGCACAAAUCCUUUGUGUAUAAAAUCAACAAAGAGCGUUGUGGCACCUUAAAGGUUAACACAUGCCAUCAGCUUUCUUUCUUGGACUAGAAUCCACUUUCUCUUCUGAUGAAGUGGACUCUAGGCCAUAAAAUCUUACAUUGUAAUAAAUGUGUUUGGUGCCACAGCAAUCUUUUUGGUUUUUACUGCAACAGACCUUUACAGCUACUCUUCUGGAAGUUUUGUGCAGAUAUUAUCACAUGGAUCACGGUGCACAAGCUAGCUGACCCACACAAGUUGUUUGUCAUUUUUUUUGUUCAGUACUUGAAGAAGGGUAGAAAUGUACUGCUGACUUAUUGAUUUGUGUUGUAAUACACCAACUUGUAAUGAAGAAGUUGUGUGGGCCUUUCAUUGGGUAUCUACUGUGAUGCUCAACCCUUACUCAACCUUACUCAUUCUCUCACUUAAUCAUUUUGAAAACUUUGGAAUGAGAUGGUUAAGUUGCAGGUUGGAGGUACAUCAAAACAAUGUAGAGGCACAUUAUGUAGAAGAAACAAGGACCAUACAUUUUGCCCAUGUGAGUUUUGCCUUGUCCCAUUGACAUUUCUUUUGAGCAUUAACAAGGGAUGCAGAUUUUGCAACAAAGUUAAUGGCCAAACAUAGCUUUCCUUGUCUAUGCUGUCCUUGCAAGGAGUAACUGAAACACGAGAACCGUCACAUCUUCAGCUCUGUUAUCUCAGAUUAUAUAAGAUGAUGUCUAAAUCUGGCAUUUUCAGUUCAUUGGAGAUACAUCUGAAUUGAUUUUCCUCAAUUAAAAAAACAAUCUAGGGAAGAAAGAGAGGUGUCCAGGAAUGAAUAAAUGUACAUAGGUCUUCAUCUAAUGGCAUUUGAAGUGAAUGAUUCACUGUUCACAUUUGCAGACUGUAAACAUGAAAAAGAGUUAAAAGGUAAAAGUGUCAGAGGAGAAACAUCUCACAGGGCACAGGGCUUUUUCAAGCCUACUGGUGUUUUUUGUGGAGGUUUUUUUUUACCCAUUUUUGUUUUUUCAACAAGACGAGAAGUAGCAGCAAUUGGCAUGAGUGUUUAACUUUUACAACUCUGUUUUGAAAGUAUGAAGUCAGUUGCUUAGCAACUAGACGCUUAGCCACAGUACCAUGUUUUGAUGGGCUCCGAAUGCUGCUCUGUUAAGUUUUUGUAUACCCAGAUGCCUUCUUCUAAAUUGCUUGUUUUUCGGUUGUGGAUCAAAUGUGUGAGGUACACUUUCCAUCCCUGUUUAUUAUUCAAGGCCACUUUGAACUUCAGUAGACUAAUAUUUGCAUAUCAUCUAUCAAAUGAACCCACCACAAUUAGAAUUAGGGAGCAAUUCAAUUCAAUUCAUGUUUAAAGGCAAAUCUAUCAAAUGGAAAAGCAGGCAUUGUUUGAAAUUUGUGCUGAAUUUGUAGUUCUCCAACCAAUGUUUACGAAAAUGCAUAUUUUAGAGGAAAGUGUGCAGAAAAUGGGUAAUAUAGAAAUAAUAAUAUAGGGGAAAUUGUUUGCAGAAAUCAGUCAAAACUGCAUAUAACAGUAAGCUUAUUAGCAGAAAUUGUCAUGAAAAUGCUGAUGAAUUUUCACAGUGAUUUUUUUAAAAUCACAAAUUGCUCCAGAAAUGUGGAGAACUGAAUUUAAGACUGGAAAAACAACAAACCAAGAUAACCUAAACGGACAGAUCGUUCCAUCCCUAAACACACUAUGCAAACAAUUCUUCAUGCCUAACUUUAUGUUCAUUAAAUAUUCAGAUUGCCGUAGGAUGUGCUCUCGUGUUGUCAAUGGUCUAUAACACGAGUGACUAACAGAUGCCACUGGAAUACAACCUUCAUAAUUCCUGGUUUUGGGGCUGUGUUGACUGGCGGGAGUGGAAGUCCAGCCAUAUCUGGAUGGCCACAAGUUAACCAUCUCUAGUCUUCAGAAAUUCUUGUUUUGAAAGCAUGUAACAUUUGUCAGAAUACAGGCUGUUUUAAAAAUGGAGUUACUAGUUAAACAUGUGUUUUAUUUACUUGUUAUGUAGCAACACUUUUUCUUGUGGCAUUUUUCAUGGUGAACUUUUAAGCAGUGGUUAGAACCCCCCCUCAAACUGGUGAAACUAGUUCACUGAGCCUAAAGGGGGAUGUGCAGUGUGUUUGUUUCACCAAGUUCCACUAGCUCUGUAAUAAAUUUGCUUAGUUAGCUUCAGACUUGACAUGGAUGCCUUUGAACUGCAGAGGAUCAUGCCCUGCUUUCUUCACUCACUUGGCCAUCUAGACUUGAGGGAUUCUGCACUUGCUCUGUAAUAACAGCACAUGCAUGCCCAGAGCAUACCUUGUAAGCUCCCAAGACUGUAUUUCAUGGAAAGAUCUGAAAUAGUAGGUAUACUGACUUUCAUGAAAUCUUGUCUGCUGUUACCAUUCUUCUUAUCAAGGGACUCAUGAUACACUUAGGCUGCAAUCCUUAAUUAGGAUGUAAGCAUCAUCAAGCACAGUGAGGCUUCCUUCUGAGUAAACAUGCAAAGGCUUAUUCUGUUAAGGGGGUUGCUUUGAACACUACUGAAAAUGACUACAAAACUACUAUUACUACCUCUAAAACUCAGCUUUCUAGCAUUUAUUUAGUAUCUGUGUUGAGUAACAUGUGAAGAGUGUUUCUGAGGAUGAUACAAGUGUGUAGAGGAUUCAGAGUCCAACAUUCAGUUACGUAUUCUGCUAAUCUGUCUGCUGGAAUGCUGGCCUAUUUUAUGAGCAUUUCAUAGAUUUGUACAGUUGGAGGAAAACUUUAUUUACCAAAUUUUGACCGCUAACUGUAAAAAUGUCCCAUUUUAAAACUUUUUUUCUAGGAAUUGCAGUGAUUGUGGUCUUGGACCACAUAUAUACCAAGUUUUAGCUUAAUAGUUGUAGAAGAAGUAAUCUAACAAUUUGUCUCUUUGAUGGAGUGAGUGAGCCAAUAAGCCACAUGCAUCUUUUAUUUGCACAAAUACCUGCACAAUAGUUGUUCUUUGUGAAGUCUGAAAAAAAGCAGCUUAUUUUGCUGCAUUCAUUUCAAUAUUUGUUUCAAUUGAUAGCCUGUUCUAACUCAGUACCUUGAGACAGGUUAACAGUAUUGCAGUUGGAAAAGAUGUAGGAAUAGGACCUGAGGUGAAAGUCAAAGCAAGUUAGAGGAACUCUUAACUGCCUUGCUGCUUAUCAGUGAGAGUUUUCAUUCCCCUUCCCACUCCUGUUUGUUCUGUUUUCUUGAUGUUUCCUGUUAACUUCCGCUUUAUAUUUGAGCUUCCGCACAAUGUAAAAGCCACUUCAUGGAAUAUGGCAACCAUUUAACCUAGUAGCCUACAUUGGUCCAAGUAGAGUUGUUAACAGCACCAUACUCAGUUCAGUGGGAUUGCUUCCAAAUUGGUAUUAUAAGACUGAAGAUUGAUGAGACAUGUAAUUUAUUUGGGUUGCGUGGGUAUGUAGUUGGUUAAAAGCCAGAUCUGUUUAAGAACUCCUGCCAAGGGUAAGAUUUUCAAAUGUUCAUGCCCAAGGCAUUCUGCAUGUUAAGUCCAUUUACAUUAGCCAAUAUGUUGAGCAUCAGUCCUGUCUGCCCAUGACUAAUUUGGUGGUUCUGGAAACUAGUUAUUUGCUGUGUUAACACUGCUUAUUGACUCAAACAAUGUUCUCCAGACUGCCUGUCACAAGGCAAACACAUGAUGGAAGAGGGUUCCAGCUGUCUAAACCAACGCCAUUCUUCUCAUUACUUGAGCCUGUUUCAUUGUCACUCUGUAAAAUCCACCAAAUCUAUUUCCGUCAUCACCUGAGAUCAAUUGGAGCAGAAGCUCUGGGAGACAGAAUACAGCAAGCAGUUUGGACUAAGUCCACUUAUAUUAUUUCCCUCUCACCCUUCCCCAAGUCAUGUGAAAACUGAAAGAGAUGUUUCUCACAAAAGACAUAAAAGUAGCCAAGUCUUGAAAGCUGGGUGGUUCAAGAACUGGGUGGUAUAUUCAACGAUAAUGUUAACACGCCUGUCUCAUUAAGAAAAACCACAUAUCAGCCAGAGGUCAUUGCUUUGCCGUUUUCCAUGCAGCACUUGUAUGUGGGAUCCGGUUAAUUAUCAAAGUGAAAGUGGUACUGAAACUUAACAGCAAGUGCUGAAUUAUCCAAGUCCUAUAAAUGCUAAUUAUGUUGAGCAAAAUGCAUGCUUUCUUUGGCACUAGUGACUUUUCCUUAACAAACCACUAUCCUGUGUUUGUAUUCCAGGGGACAGGCUAUAAUACCAAAUGCCAGAAAUAUAGCUAUAGGGGUUCUAAGUAUUUAAAGUCAAUUUUAACUGAGACCCUGCUUGUGCUAAAACGAUUGCAUUUGAUCUUCCUAAAGAAACCUUUCCACUGUCAUUCAGGUAAAUACAGGCUAGCAUGCUUAAAAUACGUCAUUCUACUAUGGUGGUAUAGGAUUAUCUCUAAAAGAAAUUAUUUAGUUGUGCAACAUGUGAACAAACAUAUACUGUAAUACCCUCCUUCCAUCACUACAAGUUACUGUAGGCAUUGCAUGGUGUACUGCACUGAAAACACUGGUUCACUACAGAUGUCCUGCCAAAUAAGGUAACAGGAAGAUUAACUAUGGUUAGGCAUGGCAUCCGAAUUGUCAAACCAUGGUUCAAAGUGGAUUUAUAAACAAUGGUUUGUGCUAUGAUUCACUGUUAUGCUUGAAUUGACAAAUAGUAGUAGCUGCACCUCCAGAGACCACUGUACCAUAGAAACAAAGGGCUGAAGAGACAUACAAAUCAGACAGGUAGCUCUUAGUGGUGGUUCCCUAAGCAUGUGGUACCUAGCACAAAAUGUUGCGGCAUAGUCUGCUCAGUGUUUCAGUCCAUCAGCCAUGCCCUAUUCUAGGAGGUUUCAUUUCCUCCUCCCUGCCUGCUUCUGGGUCAGCCAGCUCCUGUGCCCACUGACAGCUCAGACUCAUGUGCCAUUCGGACUUUGACGCCUGCCUCUUAGACUCUCGUCUCGGGCUGGCUUGGCCUCCCUAGGCAUCUGCCCUCUUGAGCAUGUUGAUGCUUCCUUUUUCUAUGUGGAUAGUAUCAUAUUGACGUCAUAAAGAUAGGCAUUCAGAAAAUGAGUUCGUUAUGGGAAAAUACAAAAUCCCUUAUCUUUAAUUUCCAAAUGUAACUCCUCCCCACCCCAAAAUCCUGACCUCUAAGAGACUGUCAAAUGAGUUACAGAUUUUGUGAUGUCCUGCUCAUUUUUUCCUAAAUCAAUAGUGUCAAGCCUUAAGUUUCCUUAUACAUUGCAACCCUACAUUGCACGCUUCCUGUGCUGUGACUUUGUAUUGAUCCAGCUACUUUGAAGGAAUAUCAGAUAAGUUGAGGCCAACUGCUGGAAUCUUUCUUUUAAAAUGCAUGUGUGAUACAGCGGUGUUUAGUCAAGAGGCCUAGGUAACAUACCCAACUCCCUCAACCAUUCCUCAUAAGGCUUGGUUGCCCCUUUCGGCACACAUUCCGGCUUGUCAAUAUUCUCCUUAAAUUCUACCACCGAGAAUUGUACACAGUACUGCAGAUCCAAGGCAGAAUAGAGUGCGACUUUGCUUCCCUUGAUUGGGACACUAUACUUUUGUUGAUGCAACCUAGAAAAGCAUUAGCUUUUGUUUGUUUGUUUGUUUGUUGUUUUGCUGGAGCAUCACACUGUCGACUAAGACCCCUCAAUCCUUUUCACAUGUACUACUGGUGUCCCCCAUCCGCCUAAGUGUAGAACCUUAUAUUUGUCUCUAUUGAAAUUUAUUUUGUUAGUUUUGGCCCAGCUCUCCAAUCAGUUAAGGACAUAUUGAAUUUCAAUUCAGUCUUCUGCAGCAUUGGCUACCCCUCCCAGUUUGGUGACACCUGCAAAUUCCAUGAGCCUCCCUUCCCCCCACCCCUGUUCUCCAAUGUUCCAACAAAUGCCGGUCUGUAGCUGAGUCUCCAGAUCCAGAACUGAAGCAUCUAGAUGUUAGUCCCACACAGGCCAGGACUUCCUCACUUGGUGGCUGCUUCUGAUGUCUCUCACAGCCCCAGCCCUAGUAGCAGAUGCAACAAUUGUUCACUGUAUGAAUGGCAUCUUGUCUCAUUUGGCCCUUUGUCUCAGACAGCUCUUAGUUGCAAAUAGAUGAAUGGGGGAGAUACUUCAGUGUGAAGCCUUUGGAGGUCUUCAGUGAGAGAGGCACUGCAGUAGGAGUCAUGCCUUUGCCCCUGCACUCUGUCUUUGGCCAAUCUAGUUGCCAGCCACCAUACUGACCAUUUUGGUCAUACUACCAAUCAUAAAAAUUGGUCAUGAAAUUAGCAAAGUAUUCCAGCUUUCAUGAAAUAGCCUGUUUAUUUUCAUGAAAUCCCUCCUAGCAUAAUCCUCUUCACACCUGCUCAAAAGUAAGCACCUUUUAACAAAAGAAAAGAAAAGAAAUUUCAGCGGGAGGCCCAGAAAGUAAUGUAUGUGACUGUAGCCUAGCUUUUAUAUAAAUUACAUUUAAAACAUUAAAUUUGCAUGGUUUGCCAAAUUCCUUCAAGUUGGUGAAUUAGGCAGCAGCAUAGCCAAUGAUGUGAGUUAGUCAUUAGAUUUGCUUUCUUCCUUAACUAGGCAGAGCAUUUUGGAUGUUUCAUGAACUCAGCAAUAUUCUACACAUUUCAUGAAUCGUGCAAAUAUCAAAUUUAGUGGCGUAUAGAAACAUGCACGCACAUCCAUAAAGCAACAGUUGUUAAAGUAGGGUGUCUACAAUGCCCUCUUGCCAGAAUUAUUAGAGUGAGAGGUUAAGCACCUGCGGCUAAGAGUCACUAUGGGAUAGUAACAAUAUAGUAUGUGUGCAUAAUUUUCAUGGAAGUGGUAAAAAGAAUAUUUGAAUAAAACGGAAAUUGUGGAUUUGGGAAAAUAAGGCAUCGUGCUGAUAGGUUUCUUGGAUGGUUUCUUGUAAAAACAGCAGUAUUUUUAUUUUUUGUAUUUUAGGUAAAAAAAUUAAAAUGGAAAGCCACUUACUCUGAUUGGAAUUACUCCUAGGGAGCAUCUGAAUUGUUUUCACAGGUGCUGCUUUUAAUCAAGGGUCUGCCACAUUUACCAGAGUGGUGCAUUUACCAGAGUGGUGCAUGCUCUGGUUAUCUCCCGCUUGGACUACUGCAAUGCGCUCUACGUGGGGCUACCUUUGAAGGUGACGCGGAAACUACAACUAAUCCAGAAUGCGGCAGCUAGACUGGUGACUGGGGGCGGCUGCCGAGACCAUAUAACACCGGUCUUGAAAGACCUACAUUGGCUCCCAGUACGUUUCCGAGCACAAUUCAAAGUGUUGGUGCUGACCUUUAAAGCCCUAAACGGCCUCAGUCCAGUAUACCUGAAGGAGCAUCUCCACCCCCAUCAUUCUGCCCGGACGUUGAGGUCCAGCGCCGAGGGCCUUCUGGCGGUUCCCUCAUUGCGAGAAGCAAAGCUACAGGGAACCAGGCAGAGGGCCUUCUCGGUAGUGACGCCCACCCUGUGGAAUGCCCUCCCACGAGAUGUCAAAGCGAUAAACAACUACCUGACAUUCAGAAGACAUCUUAAGGGAAGUUUUUAACGUGUGAUAUUUUAGUGUAUUUUUGAUUUCUAUGGAAGCCGCCCAGAGUGGCUGGGGAGGCCCAGCCAGAUGGGCGGGGUAUAAAUAAUAAAUUAUUAUUAUUAUUAUUAUUAUUAUUAUUAUUAUUAUUAUUUACCUUUCUAUGGCCUUUUUGAGCAGUUUUGGUAUCCGUACACGGGCUAACCUACACCAUAAACUCUGAAUAAUUAGAGACUCAUUCAUUGCAAGAAAUGUGCUGCACUUGCUGUAGAAUUGCAGGCAUAGAACAUGUGUGCCUGACCAGAAUCCAUACUUUUUUUCAAUAUUACUUUGUAGAAUGAGCAAUGGACAAAAUGAGGGGCUUUAAGCAGAAACAUUUCCCUUUGCGUUGAUGAGCAUUUCAGCCACAUUAUUUAUACUGUUAAUGUGUCCAAAUAACUCAGUGGAUUGGCUCUACACUUUGUUAGUCACACUUAAAUUCCCACUUAUGUCAGUGGGAUAAUCCAUCGUUUCCUUUCUGAUAAGGGAGGGCCAGAUAGCACAGCUAUGGCCAUGUUCUCCAGAAACGCUAGUAUUAGAACUUAAUUGAAAAACGUUGCUUGCCAAUACACAAAGUGUUGUUUGUCAUGUCACAUAAUCGCAAAUUAAAGUGGUGCUUACGGAAAACUUUCAUGAGCAACUCCUGACGUUAGAACAGGAUUGGUCACAUUUCAAACCCUAUGUUUCUGUCUGUGUACACUGUCUGCAAGCAAAAGCAGAGGGCCUAUCUCAAUCAAAUAAAGCUGAAUGGUCUACAAAGUGUCAUGUGGGACGUGUGCCAGGGGGUGGAUCAGCCGUAUAUCAGCUUUGCCAACACAGGAACCUACCAAACUAAAAUACUUCAGAAGAUGCCUGGGAUUAAACAAUCCUGCAAUAUGAUUUAAAACAGGGGUCAGCAAACUUUUUUCAGCAGGGGGCCGGUCCACUGUCCCUCAGACCUUGUGGGGGGCAGACUAUAUAUAUAUUUUUGGGGGGUGGGGGAAAUGGACAAAUUCCUAUGCCCCACAAAUAACCCAGAGAUGCAUUUUAAAUAAAACGACACAUUCUACUCAUCCAAAAACACGCUGAUUCCUGGACCAUCCAUGAGCUGGAUUUAGAAGGCGGUUGGGCUGGAUCCGGCCCCCGGGCCUUAGUUUGCCUACCCAUGAUUUAAAAUGCCAAUACCUAUCAAGGGUUUGAAGUAAACAGCUAUAUCAAGGGCCUUAUUAUUAGAACACUUCUUCAAUAAUGCAACAACACUGCAAUGCAUAAAAUUGCAUGUCCAGGAUUUACCGUUAGCUGUCCAUUAGAGACAGUGUGGUGCAGCAGUUAGAGUGUUGGGCUAGGAUCUGGGAGGCUAGGGUUCAAAUUCCCACUCGUCCAUGAAGCUCACUGGGUGACCUAAGGUCACUCAGUAUUUCUUGGCCUAAGUUACCUCUCAGGGUCAUUGGGAGGAUAAAAUGGGGAGGAAGAGAGUGAUGUAUUGCCAUCUUGAACUCCGAGCAUUGCCUCUCCUCAAGUGAACUGACCUGGGUCCUGCCAUCACCAACUGAAACCCUUUUGUGUGCCCGCCUCCCAUAGGAGGUUGAAGGGUGGCAAAGCAAAAAUGAGCCUUUUCUGUGGUGGCUUUCCAUUUGUGGAACGCUCUGCCAAGGGAGGCUCACCUGGCACCUUCAUUACAUAUUUUUAGGUGCCAGGCAAAAACAUUCCUCUACAAGCAGGCCUUUGCCUAAUUAAACUAUCUGCAGCUUUUUAAACUGUGUGUGGGGUAUGGUUUUUGUUUACUAUUAUGGUAUGUAGUUUCGUGUUUCUAUAUUGUAAACUUCACUGUGAUCCUUGGAUGAAGGGUGGUAUAGAUAUUCAAUAAAUAAAAAAAUGAAAUAAAAUUGAAGGUAAGGUGGAAUAGAAAUGUAAUGAAUAAAAUUACCUGUGCACCUGUAUACAUCUCUAAAGGAAUAAGAAACCUGAGGCAGGAAUAUAAAAUUAAAAGUGACAACUAUUGGUAAAGGAUCAGCAGUAGCAAUCCUUUCUUGAUCCAUGGAGCUGUGAGCCACAUCCAUGAGAAAUAACUCUGCUUUCGAAGUUACUUAUCACAGAAUGAAGGAAAAGAGAGUCAGGCUGCUCUGACAUUUCCAAGUUUUGUUAUUUCUUUUUUAGAGGUUAGAUUUACUUUCUGAUCACAUUAAAAACAAUAGGAGUUGAAGUCGGCUCAGGAGUUGAUACUCCAAGCACUUCCCCAUAGAUCAUGUAAGGAUCUGAAACAGAUGAGUUUUGCCCUCUCAGCUACAAUAACCCUUGCCUUAAAGCAAAAUUAUUUUGGCAACCAUCCCGGGCCUGGCAGGUCAGAAGAAAGGGGAAGAAGAUUAUGCCGCAACUGGGGGGAAGUCCCUGGGAAGCACUGAAAAGCUCAGAGAUGGGAAUAGUUGCCAAAACGGCCUUCAUCACUGAUAAUCAGCACAUUGCAGAUUCUCAGGUCAGCCUGCGUUGGCAAAAGAGAAUUGGAAUGCCACCUCCCAGUUCAGCAAGGCAUACGCAGAGAACUGGCCCACACCAAACCCUCCACAGCCAGCAUGUGUCUUCACCUCCUUAGGAACGUCUUCUUCACACUUUUAGAAUGGUGUUUCUGCAUAGUAAAACAGUAUACAGUAUAUGAGUUAGCUCAAGAGCUCUCCCCCACCCCCAGCUUUCUUUACAAUAUAUGGAAACGGUUUCCGACUGAUCUUAGUAAAUUGUCAGCUUGAGCUUUGAGCGAGUCUGCUGAAGAGCCCAUGGUGUUGCUCAUGUUGACUUUGUCGUUGCCCUCCUGGUGUCGGCUGUUAUCGUCCGCCGUGUCUUGCUGCUUGCAAAGAGCCUUCAGCUCAGAGCUGUCAUUGCCUGUGGGUGCAAAACUGUACUUCAAAUGCUUUCUUUUCCCUUUCCUUCCUCGGCAGGAUUUAUGUGGGCACCAUUCAUGUGAUACUCUGGGAAUGGCUGACGUUGGAACCAUAUGCUCUCCUGAGCGCAGCUGUGCAGUGAUUGAAGAUGACGGCCUCCAUGCGGCUUUUACGGUGGCUCACGAAAUUGGUAUGCAGUGCCUUUUCUGUUCCCUUGCCAAAUACAACACUUGUAACAGCUGCAUUAGUAACCAAAAUACUUUACAAGUAAUUCCAGAUUUCCCCCUGGUUCACAUAUACACUUGGGGAUUAAGGCUGUGUACAUAGGCACUUUGGGGUUAACUAAUAGGGGAUCAGAAGGCAAGUGGAGGUACACAGUAGGUGUUUCCUUUCUGACAGUGUCACUUUUAAGCAAUGAUCGGAAUGGAAAUUGGAGGGCUGCUACUGUCCAUUCAUGUCCCUUUCAAAGAGGGGUCCCUCCCAUCAAUGAAGAAUUUGAGCUCACUUGGCGGGUAAACAGCUUUCUAUAUAUGUCUGCCUACUGGGUUAAGUGGCUUGCUGUUUAUAUUGUACCACCACAUUCCUCUGAAUGGCAAGAUGCAAGUUUCAAAUGAUGGGGUAAUUGGAAAUUCUGGUGAAAGGGAGCACUGUUUAUCUCGGGCAGUGGUGUGACUGUAGGGGUGUAACUUUAGAUAGCAGUGAGGUUCAGAUAAUCAAGGCUCGUCUAUUGGGGAUUCUACAAUAAUUACAAAAUAGACCCAGGAACAGACACCAGGAUUAUUUUGGAAUGUUUUCUUGGCAGGAAAAAAGAGCUGACAUUAACGUUCACAAGCAAGUUCAGAUUUUCUAUGCCAUCGCCCAAGUGUAUUCAUGAACUAGAGAUAAUCUAUUGGGGGGGGUUAUUAACAUUUUCUCUUUUAACAUUUCCUCUUCAAAUAGCUAAUUUUGGCAUUUGCAAGUUCAUUCCUAUGCAGAAUAGCAGUAGCUUGAACACUACUGCAACAUUUUUCAAGUAGGUAUUUCUGGGUAUAUUUAACUAAAAGUAUAUUUGACUGGAUGGUCAUAUUAGCUGCCAGCUAUUAUAGCACUGGAUAUUAACAGCAAGCUUUGGUAUCAUGUUUCACUUCCCAUUCCUUUUUUUGAAUGGCAAAAAUAAUGUAAGGCUUUUCUAAUGUAGAUAUUACUAAAAAAAAAUUAUACGUGAAUUAACCACCUUUCAAAAUACAAUAUUCUCGCAAGGCAGCUUAGAAUAUCUGAAACCGCCGCACAACUAAAAACAUAUACAAUUAUACUAACAAUGCAUCAUGCAGUCAGGAAACAAUAAUAUCGCACUAUCCAUAACAGCAGUUUCAUAGAAUGAUAGAAUUGUAGAGUUGGAGGGAAUCCCAAUGGCCAUCUAGUCCAGACCGUGCUGUCACAUGGAGGAUGGAGCAAGCUUGUUUUCUCCUGCUCCAGAUGCUGGAACCUGAACCAAUGGCUUCAUGUUACAAGGAAGGAGAUUCCAACUAAACAUCAGGAAGAACUUUCUGAUGGUAACAGCUGUCCGGUAUUGGAACGGUCUCCCUCAGGAGGUUGUGGACUCUCCUUCCUUGGAGAUUUUUAAGCAGAGGUUGGAUGGCCACCUGUCAUGUGUGAUCUAGUUGAGAUUCCUGCACUUCAGGAGGUUGGACUAGAUGAGCCUUGGGGACCCAUUCCAUGUCUACAAUUUGAAAGUGGCAAAAUAGCUUUUCAAAGCCAGCAAGCACUGAUUAUCACACCAGAAUCACUCAAGGUGCUUUGCAGUCCUGCUUCCCUGAGCCAAGUCAACCUUCCCUACUGACUGGCACCUUUGGCAAGAUCAGGUCUGUUUCCAGUGUUGUUAUUUGGAGUGGCAGGAACAUGAUCCAGGCAGCUCAGGCACCCCAUGGCAGAUCAGGUGCCGGUAGGCUGAUGUGAAGUUUCAGGUGCAGCACCCAAGCUGAGGCGUGCCCUGCACUACACGUACUCUCAAAACAUUGCCAGGGGAAGAUCAUUUGUAGCUUGGAGCAUGGAUGUUAAGGAAAGGGUUAUUACUGAGUGGCAGAACAUAUGAUCUGCAUGUAGAAGACCCCAGAUUCAAUUCCUGGUAUCUCCAGGCAGGGCUUGAAAGGACUCGUGUCUUAUACCUUGGAGAGCCCUUGCCAGUCUCUGUAGAUAUUAUUGAGCUAUAGAGAGGAAUGGUCCCCCUUAAACGCAAGGAAGUUUCCUGCAUUCCUAAAGUGUGGGUCAGUUUCAGCGACGAACAUGUACAAACACAGCAGCUGCCUUUUCCAGUGCCCAGAGAACCCACAGCUUUUUCAGCUUUAAUUCACGUAAGGAAGAUGAUCCAUCCAGAGUUUAGCCAGAGAACAGCUGGCUGUAAAUUUAAACGACAGCCUUUAUUUUACACUGAGCUGUUAAGCGCAGGAGGAAGCAGGAAGAGAGGGCUGUUCCAAAAUCAGCCCUCCUUUUACCAGGGGGUCUCUUGUGCCAGCUAGACAUUCUGUAAGAUGGAAUAUAGGGUGCUUCUUGCCUAAAGUAACAGCCGUGGUGAAACUCGGGGUCCCUGUUUACCAAGAGAGCAGGCUUUUCAGGUCUACAGUUGCCUUGCAUGCUAACAUAGUCACAAUCGCUAGAGAUGUUUUCCAUGAGGAACAUUAGCUGUGCAGAGUGAACACUAAAUUUAAAAAUGGAAAACAGUUCUCCCUCACCAUUUUACAUUCUUGGAAGGAAAUAACAAGGCUAAGGGAACUUUCAGAGAGUGCCAACUACGGCUUUGCCUUGUAACUUGUGCCAAACCAAAGUAAAGUUUGCUUUGGGAGUAUUGCCGUGCCAGUUCAGUUUUCAAACAGCGAGCAGGUAGGAUGCAAGGGUGUUGUGCUUAAUAUCAUUUGACCCUAACAUAAAGAAACACACAAAAUCUGAAAUCAUGGGUUUUAUUAGUAGUGCUAAUGUAACUACUGACACCGGACACCCUUUAGCAAAGGAGGAGCUCUAGUCUGGAAACAUUUGGAAAUAGAUCAUAACAGUGGCAUAUUAUUGAGGCUCUCUACCUCAGGAAACAAGCCGCUUGAGGCUGCCAAGUGUCACUAAGAGCUGAAAGGACCUGUAUCUUUGUGACAGAAAGUAUCAGUUGGCAAGAAGAGACCUCUUCCUGAAACUUUGGAGAGUGGCUGCCAGCUAGAGUAGACCUGGGAUCACCAACCUGGUGCCUGUGACUGCCAUGGCAUCCAUGAAGGCUUCCAGUGACCCCCUGGGUAGAUGCUCCAGUGCUACUAGAAAUAAAGUUAUGGGGGAAAGCAUACAGGUACCCCUAAACAAUUUAUCUGAAAUGAGAGUGGUGUUGGUACAGUCAAACCUCAGUUCUCAAAUGCCUCCGUUUUGGAACGUUUUGGCUCCCGGACACCAAAAACCCAAAAGUAAGUGUUCCGGUUUUCGAAAAUUUUUAUGAAGUCGAAAAACCAAUUGGAAGCCGCACCAUGGUUGUUGAACAUUUUGGAAGCCAGACGGGCUUCCUGAAAGCAUUACAUUCAACAACCGAGGUUUGACUGUACAGUACCUUAAUAUUUUUCCUGGUACUGAGGAAUGCUCCCUACAGCAACAGUGUCAGGAUGUGUGUAUCUUCUCCAUAAUCAGGACCAGCAAGACAGAAUCAUAGACUUGGAAGGGACCCUGAGGAUCAUCUAGUCCAACCCCCUGCAAGGCAGGAAUAGGCAGCUGUCCCCUACAGGCAUUGAACCUGCAACCUUAGCAUUAUCAGCAUCACACUCUAACCAACAUAGCUGACUCCCCCUGGUAAGCAUAAGGUUGUCAGGGGUGGCCAUCUCUCUAAUUUUGUGUUAUGACACACUCCCCAUGGUGGCUAUUUCCUGGUAUGCCACAGCCCCUCCAUGAAAGCCAUUUUGUGCAUGGUUCCUCCGGCACGUUCUCAAAAUUUGAAAUGUAGUAGUAGACUGCAUUGCUGAUUCCCCAUUCAUGGUGCACCCUUCCUAGGGAAGCUCACUUGAAGCCAACAGCACUAUCUUGAAGAGGCCAACUAACCCCUGCUUUAUUUUCUGAGUCUUUUAUCUUUCAUACAGUUAUAAAAAUGGCCAGUGUUUCUUUCUUGUCUGCCUGCGGCUUUAUAAUGUGUUUUUAUUCUUGUGACAUUGUAAUAGUGUAGAGCACCCUGGAUAUAAAUUUAUUCAAGGGUGGUAUAGAAAUCUGCUAAAUUAAUUCUAUAUUUGCUUCUACCCUUCUCUUUAGCUAUAAUUUAAACUGCCAGAUUGCUCAUGUGACAACAGCAAAUAUCACAUAAAAGGUGGUUAUUUGAAGGUUUUGUCGUAAAGCAAUUCAGUGGCUGUUAAUGGGAAGGGGAAAUUAUUCCCACGUGAAGAGGUUUUUUAAUUGGAUGUCUGAAUCCAUUCUGUAGAAAUUUUAUUUGCUUUUGGACUCCCUGGUUGAAUAGCUUCUCUCAAAUAGGUUUGUGCUGCUGUUAUUCUUGCAUAGCCAGCCCUUUCAAAAGCUGCACAGUCUCAUUACUCUAUGCUACAUAGGGAUGAGCGAACCUUGUUGUUCUCAGUUUCUCAUUUUUCCAAUCUUAAAGGUAAAGGACCAUUAGGUCCAGUCAUGGAUGACUCUGGGGUUGUGGCGCUCAUCUUGCUUUACUGGCCAAUGGAGCUGGUGUACAGCUUCCGGGUCAUGUGGCCAGCAUGACUAAGCUGCUUCUGGAGAACCAGAGCAGUGCACGGAAAUGCUGUUUACCUUCCCGUUGGAGCGGUACCUAUUUAUCUACUUGCACUUUGACAUGCUUUUGAACUGCUAGGUGGGCAGGAGCAGGGACAGAGCAAUGGGAGCUCACCCCGCCGAGGGGAUUCGAACCGCCGACCUUCUGAUCGGCAAGCCCAAGAGGCUCCGUGGUUUAGACCACAGCGCCACCCGUGUCCCUGCCUUCCAAUCUUAGGUUCAGAUAAAUUAUUAUCACUUUAGUGUGAAUUUCUCCCAAAUCACACAUUUGUGUACACGUUUGUGCAAGUCUAUCUCCUAAUAUAAUGCAUUUUUCUCUAUGUUAUUUUUACUAAUAGAUGCCUUUUCAGGCAGUAGUAUAUUCACUUUUGUACACAUUGCUUGGCUGGAGGACCACACUGAAAACUUGGAAGGAAUCUGAAUGGUGCCGUCUGGGUGUCCUUGGACUGCAACUCUCAUCAUGGCCAGUAGUCGGGGAUUCAUCCCAUUUGAAGGGCACCUCAUUGUCUACCCUUACAUUAGAGUAGCAGUUUCCAGAGGUCUGGCUGUGUUAGUCUCUUGCAGAAAAAAUACCCAAGUCUUAUUGUUUCGUGGUACCUUAAACUCAAACAAAUGACAUUAGCAUUUGGUAGUAGACACCGCUGCUGCUGCUGCUGCUGCUGCUGCUGCUGCUGCUGUUGUCCUGCUGCUGUUACAAAAGUUAACCUAGCCACACCCAGAGCUCUGAAGAAUGUAGGAAACAACUUGUGGAAGUUGCAGGAAGACACUGAGAUCAGGAGUGAGCUUUCUCCUCCCGAUCCUUGCUCACUUUCCUCCUUGCAGGUUGAAGAUGCUGACUGGAUAGGGAACUCCCAUCUUUAUUUGAGUACAGGAUUUCUUGGCUGUAUCCCUUGCAUUCUGUCUACCAGACUAAGUACAGACGGGUGUGAGCAGCCUGAAGGCCCUUUCCUAAAUCCACUCCAGUUUGGAUAGCAUUCUGGGGGGGUACAAACUGAAUAAGCUCUUUGUCUGGACAGUGCCCGCCCCCCCUUCAAGGGGAAAAUUUGUUUUUCCUAGCUACUUUCACCACUAGUCUUAACAACUUUCACUCACCAGCAGCAGCUUUCACCACCAGGCAAUAGUGUUAAAAGUGCUCUUUUUAAAAAAAUGGAAAUGACAUAGUCACAUGUCAUGGCUUGUAUGAGGGCAGCAUGAAAAUUAACCAUUCAGAUUGAUCAACUCCAAGCAUUUCCUUAACUAAUACAAGGAGAUUUGCUUAGAAAAUGAAUUAGUUUACAUUAUAAUUAUUAACCUUGGCCAAAUUGGAGAUUGGAGGAAGGGCUGUAGCAGUACCAAGGUAGGGUACCUAUUUUGCAUGCAGAAGAUUCUGGCUUCAAUUCCUGCUAUCUCCAAGUAAAGCAAGGGAAUUCUGAAGAGCUGCUGCCAGGUGGUUUAGCCCACAGGUAGGCAACUUGUUGCGCAUGAGCCACAUACAGCCCCCAAACUCAUAUACUGUGGCCCCUGGUGCCUCCUGAAGCUGUCCAUUUUUGCAUCUUGGCUUCUUUUUUUCUCCCCUUCCUUUCUGUUCAUUUCCUCCUAUUUAUCUUGUGGGGUUUUAUUUUUAAAAAGUGCUCCCCCUCACUAUGUAAUUUCAUACAGUGGGAGGGGCAGUAUUUCGUUUGAUUAAAAAUAAAUUCAUUUUUAAAAAUAUUUUUACAUGCAAGCAGCGUGCCCGAACAGGACUACCAGUUUUACUGAUUCAGUCCUCCCCAACCUGGUGCCCUCCAGACAUUGUUGGACUCCAACUCCCAUCAGCCCCAGCCAUCAUGGCCGAUGGUGAGGAGUGAUAGGAGUUGUUGUCCAAAAGCAUCUGGAUGGCACUAAGUUAGAGACAGCUGUAGUGGUUUGCAAAUAUAGGACAGAUCAGAUCAGUUUUUUAAACAAUAAGAAUCCCUUAAACUCAUAGUUCUCAAAUAUUAAAAUGUUUUGUCCUGUUGAGCUGUAGGGGACCUGCUUGGAUGGGAAGUUUUACUGGCACACCCCCCCCCCCCAGUUCAUUGGAACUCAACCUGUUCAACGUGAGUCUCCAUCUGUUUUUGGACUACAACUCCCACAAUCCCUAGCUAGUAAGAUCAGUUGUCAGGGAUGAUGGGAAUUGUAGUACAAAAACAGCGGGAGACUCAAGUCCAGUGGAGUGGCCAUGUUAGUCUACUACCAGAGAUGGAACUAGCUUCACCAUCUUACACAUAUUUCCAUGAAUAGCUGUCUUUUAAAAGCAUGCCAUAUGCUACAUGGCCCUAGACUCAGACAUAUUUUCUUCCCCUGCUCUUGGCAAAAAUCACUGUUGUUACUGAUGAUGUCAACCCGGCUAUAUCCAGAGGUCUGAACAAUAUAGAAGUAGACUUGUAGAAGGAAAAGGCUGUAUACCAGACAAUGGUCUAAGAUGUUCCAGGAAGUGGUCAUGGAAUGGGCAUGGGACAAAUCUCAUGGAUGCAGGAAAAUAACUUCCAUAAGGCUAGCUAGCCGCAUGCAUCUGUUUUGCAUGCGGUUGACUUUUAUGUAUAAGUAUGUGUGGGAGGAAUGAAGAAGACAAUAGAAGAGAAGCAAAGAGGGUUGUACUGGCUUGGGGAAAGCUUGGGCAUCAACAGAGAUCAGAUGGGAACAAAUGUUUCUACUCACGUUCUCUUCCUUGAUAUUUCCAACCACCCAGCGCUCAACCCCAGUUGAUAUUUUAAACGCAGCCAGGUUUCCUUUGUGUUACAGUUAAAGACUAUGGGUGUGGGGAAUGAGUUACAGUUGCAGAAAUCAACAACAGUCAAACUUCUUGAGAUCUGUGCCUUAGUCAGUAUAGAUGAGGGGAGUCCUGGAACCUUAUCUCAGGACAAAAUAUAUAGGUGAGUGGAGCAAUUGCAGGAGUGAUGAGGUUGGGGCAGAGGCAACUUUAGGGCAGCGCGACUGGUUCCCCCGCAUUGAGUGCAAAGCCAAGAGGAGGGUACCACAACUAUGGCGCUGUGCAUGUGCAAAAUGGAAGGUAGGGUGCACAAAUUUUGGCUUUGAAAGACCAAAGUCCACUCCUGAUUGGGGAUGCUGUGUGUCUGCAGAGAAUAUGAGAUUAUCUCUGUGUGUCGGCUCUAUGUUCUAGUAUGCUUGAAAAAGAAAGAAUGCUUUCUGCACAAACCUGCCAUAGUUGUAAAUAGGCACUCCUUGCCUCUGCGGCUACCUGGGCCUCAAGUGACAAAGCCGUAUCAAGGAGCACCCCCAAGUAACAGACUUGGCCUUUUCAGCGGAGUUCAGGCUCUCUCUCUCCUCUUCUAGGGCUCAAGAAUUUUCAGAUUACAGUGGCACUAAUGCCCAAACACUUUCACCUGGUUUCUGAAUUUUCCAGUGGCAGGGCAGUAAGGAGGGUCUCACUGGAAGAUGCCAACUAAUAGGCGAGGACAUAAAGAGAGAGGUACUCCCUCAAAUAGUUAGGCCCCACACUGUUCAGGACUUUAUAUGUCAUUUGUAAAAAUCAAAAUUCAGUCCAGAAACAAAACACCAACUAAUGCAUAUAUUUAAUAACCGGUGUAAUAUGGUUCCAGCUGGUGGCCCAACUCAGAAGAGGCAUCACAGGUAGAUCUUUGUUAGAUUCUGUAUGAGAUAAAUGGCAAGGCUGGUGCAGUAGAGAUGGUACAGACGUCAAGGCAGAUGAAAAUAGGAAGAUGCCCUGCUGAAUCACAGGAUAGAAUGCAAAGCAAAGGCAGUCUGCUGUCAAUAGCUUUCUUUUUCCUGAUGGCAUUGGUGCAAGUUUAUAUAUAUAUAUGUAGAAUGUAGCCAACGUCCUCUGUAACAGGUGCAUUCAAAUCUGUGAUUCAGUAAUUUAUACACAAUGCUCAACCUAAUAGCAGCAUGCACUGCUUUAAGCAAACACUGUGUUCCGUAUGGGUAGUUUAUAAUUUGAAAAGUGCAUGUAAAAACAUUAUAAAAUCCACUGUUGCUUCUUCUUUUUUCAAAGCCCGUGCUGAACAGGGAGCUUUUUGAGUUGAAGGCUUGUCAGGAUAGCUUAGAUAAGAGCAAGCCCUAGGCUAGACAGGAGCAAAUCUUUUGGAGUCCUUAUGGGCAAAAGAAACAAUUGUGAAGGAUGUCUAGCUUUCAUCUUGGCCUUCCCCUGGGAGAGAUAAAGUUUGGGCAAAUAUCCAGGUGUCUGAAUCAGGCUCUGUGGCUUUUCUAAAAACCCAGAGACUAUAAUUAACCCACAGCUGCUCUGCUGACAUCUGUGGGAAGAAAAUAUUUAAUGCAUUCGCAUUGUUACUUCUUUGAAAAGUUCCCCAUUUAAGGUUCUGGUGCGAGCAAAGCAUUUGGGCUAAGCCCCCAUAAACAUGCUUACUCGGGCAAAGAGAAAAGAUGAGCACUCAGCAUUAAAGCCUUGGUGAGAGGUGAGCAAUAGGGCAGAGACUUCAACUGUUGCUUUCAGCCUUGGGCAUGACCUUUGCAAAAGGUUGCUGAUUAAUGCCAGUUUAAACUUUGACUACAAAUUCUUAGCUUGCCCAGGUCUGUUUUCAUUAACUUGUAAGGGCAAUAAUUGUCCCACCUGCUGUACGGACAUGGUGGCAUGAAAUUUCCCCUUUCAAUGAAAGCUGUUCUGUUCUGUAAUUGGCAUGUCAGACGAGAAGGAAACUCCAUUGCUUCAGAAUAAUGGGGCUCUUCAAUACUUUUUCUACUGCUGAUAUUCUUGAGUGUUUUUAAAAGCAGAAUCCAGUCUUGCAGUUACAGAGGCUGUGAAGUGAUUUUUAAUGGGAACUCAGGCAUGUGAAAAUCAAAGGGAACAAUUCUAGCCGAGACCAUGGAAGUACUUCAGACACAACAGCAUCUCCACUUGAGUUUGGCUGUGGUUAAAGUUUGUGCUGAUCUCUGUGUGAAUGUACCCUCUGUGGAUGAUUAGAUUAAGAGAGGUCAUGUUUUCAAAAGUUACACAGCAGAGCUCGAAACCUCAGCCAAAUAUCCAGAGCCAAAUCUCAGUAUCCCUGCCCUCAGGAAAGCAGCAGGAAACCGAGAUUGACCUCAGCUCUUGGAAUCUAUGUUUGAAGGGGGGGGGAGAUGAAUGUAUGAUAAGCAUGGAUGUCAGUAUCUAUUAUAUUUUUACUGCAAAGCAAGCAGUGGCAUUAGUAAACAAUAUGAUAUUAGACUCCCAUUAAAUGUUAGCAUCCUGAUGUUGAAAUUUGACCUUGAAGAAAUAUGACCUCUGUGUGUGUGGCAAAAUAUAACAGGGGCAGGGAGAGAGUUUUCUAAGAAGACAAGCAUCUUAGUAGCUGACUGGUAUUCAGGAUCAUACCAUGUGUGUUUAGCACUAAAGCUUUACUGUUUUAAUACCUUAACAUUAAAAAAUCCUUAUCUGCAUAUCAUUAGCCUCAGGCCAAGGCUGAUGCCAGAUUUGAGGGGGCAACGUGCCCUCUGAUUGGCUGCCUCUCUCCCUUGAUGGGCUCUGGCAGUCUUGUCUGGCCAUGGUGGCAAGUAGCAGCAGUGCACCAAUUCGUAAAGGUGUAACUGGACGAUCCCAUUUUAAUUUCCCACUAUGCUCCACUGUCAUGUUAAAUGGCAUGCCAGUUAGAUCCAGCUGCCAGGUGCUGCUCAUAGCACCAGGCCAGGAAAUUUUCUUAAAGGGGGCCCAGGGUAGGUUUCAGUGGUGCCCAAAGAUGUCUGAUGCUGUAGCCACCCCUGGUUACCCAAAAGGUUAGAAGACUGCAGCCUGCAAAAAGCAUCACUUCUUGGUGUGUAGCUUGCAAGGAACAUACCUAACACACUGCUUUUCAAAUCAGCACAUUGCUGUGUAUGUACAAGUAAACAAGUUACUGCAUAGUCUUUGUGGCUGACUCAACCUGGGCAUGUAGCUUGACAUCCUGCUGCCUCAGUUAUGCCAGCUGGUAAGUUAGGUAAAAGUCAUGGCCACACUGAGAAACAGAUGUCUCAUGCGAGCUGUGAUUUCCUGAGUAAAUAUAUUGUAAGAUGUGUGGCAUUCUUAGCAAGCUGUGUCACUGCUUCUGUCCAGUGGUCCAGCGUAAACAUAGUGACAGCAAUGCUCUGAUGGAAUAAAAAGUAGUACACCUGUGCGUAGUAAUAAUUCUUUUCCAAACACUUCUGUUUAACUUCAUUUUCAUGCCUAUAUGUUGUAUUGGACUAUGGAAUUGCAGUGCUUCUCUGUUUGCAGGUCAAGGUACAGGGAAACAAAAACACAAGCAGUUUUAGAUUUGCUUUUGAAUUCCAUGUAUUAAGAAACAAAACAAAAUUCCUACAUUAUUUAGAGCAGAAGUACUUAAACCAUGGUCUUCAAGGUUGAUUCAAAUGGCUCAUGAAAAGGCUGCAGAACAGUCAAGAAUGUUUUCUUUCUGACAGUGACCAAGGCCAUUUUGAUAGGAAAUUAUUGAGUAACUAACAAGGUUCUGGCCGAAGGCCCCUGAUCUUUAUACUAUGGUGCUGGUUUUGCUGGUGAUGCCAGCACUGGGGAAAAAAAGUUAUUAAAAACAAGUAAUGUAUGUGCUUUGAUUUGGAGAACAAAAUAGUUUAUUAGAGUUUAUUAAGCUUAUUUAAAAGGUUGUUAAAUGGUCUGUCAAGACCCCCAGCCAUUUUCAAGUGGUUAAAGGAAAAUUAGAUUAAGGACCACUGAUUUAGAGCAUGCGUUUUGGAAUUGUCAUGGUCCUUUGAUGAAUGGGCAGUGCAUGUCACCAGAAUGCCUGUAUAUAUGCAUUUCAUUUGUUUCCCUUACAUUUAUGUAUGUAUGUAUGUAUGCAGUCAUUCAUAUGUGCAACUGUUCAACACAAUUAUUUUCAACAAAGAACUGUGCUGACUUCUUUUUUCCACACACCUCUUCCCCUUAACCAUAUGCUACAUAUGUAAGAUUCAUUGAAGUAGAAUUGAAAUCUAUGAGAUUAUACUGAAAUGUAUGGCAUCUAAAUUGCAAGCAUAAUAUCUUAAAACAAACUUCAGAAUGAAAAAAGGGCUAAAUACAACAAGGCAAAAUAUCCAUGAACCAACAAAUCAAGCUCUAAAAUCUGUCAGCAAAUGUAAGCACCAGGAAUAUUCUCUUGUCCUCUUGUUACCACUACAACCACCUUCCCUUUAAAAAGAAAAGAAAAAAGCAUCAGAUACAAUCCAGGGUUCUCUAAGCAUGCAAUUGCAGCAUCAAAAAUUCCAACCCAAAUAUUUUUGGUGAGGCCCCUUCAAUUGUGCUAUGAUGUUUUCAACCUCUUAAGUGAAAAUAUUUGGUUGCUGCAAUCAGUUCCUAAAGUAACUGAGCAGAGAGAAUAUCUAAUCACAGAGCUGCUUGUACAACUGAAGGGCAUUGCUUCAGUUGCAAGGGGGUUGGGGGAGGUAAGAGAAAUAAACCCAAAUAAUGCUGCAAGUUGUAGUGGAGUAAGUCCUUAAUGUAUAGCUUUGAUUUAGCUAAUGGAAAAUCAACAUGAACUUCACAACUUCUAUAAAUAUGGACGCACAUACCCUAAAAGUUGGUCAUGUAACCACUGUUCUGUUAGGUGUCAGCUGUGUAAUGUUACAAUCAUGCUUUUCAUAAUAAUCUUGGCACAUUUCUAGACAUCGAAGUAGAAAUAUUUAGCACAGAGCUAAAACAUGUAGAAUUCAAGUCUGUUUUGAACAAAUACAACAUGCUCAAAUUCGUUACUCAUUUUAACCUUCUCCCAUGCAACUGAGGGUGUCUAGCUGUGUGGACCAGCGCUCACGGGACUGUGUUUGGUGCUGAAACUUAGUAGGACAGAACACCUUUAGUGUAAAACACGUCCCAAAUUCCAGGGGAAUUGCCAUACGCACAGACACACACCUGAGAUAGUACAGAAUUUUAGCCAGUCAAAGCGGACACAUGGGCCAACUGAAGGGGGUUUGGAUAGGUGUCCAAAUCUACCAUGUACCAGUAAGUCUCCCCAAUGGGAAUGGUUUUACUUAAACCAUCUAUUUUGUUAGCAUACCAUUAUUCUGGCACAGAAGAUGGGAGUGACCUGUGAGUGGGCCUACUUUUCUUUGUGACAGGAUCCCACAGGCACAGUGAUACUGCUCACUGGCAUAGAUUUCACUCUGUCCGUAUAUUGUUGCAUCAGUGCAAAUGAAUGUAGUAGUGAUCCUGUUGCACUCCUCAAGCAAAACUGUUAGAUAAGAUCACUCCCCUGGUUUUAUCCCCCAGAAUUUUCUUAUUUUAGGACACUUUAAAAAAAAAUCUGCAUCCCAGCACUUGCAUCUUUGCACCACCAACAGCCGGUUCUAUUUAUCCGAUAAGGAUGUAGUAGUUUUACGUGCCAAUGGAAUGGAAACAUGUAAAAACUUCCUUUAAGGACUGUUUGCUGAGGAACAUUAUGCCAAAUCCAAUUCCACUUAUCAAGUAGAAUUACCCAUCCCAAAUCUAUCUUGGCUGUUUUCAUACUAGUUUUCUAUAAUAUAUAAGCCCAAUAUAAUUUCAUUUAUUUUAAUUACUUUGUUGCGUUUUCCUUUAUAAGAAAUGUUUCAGAAUCUGUUAAAUGUCCAAAUCUUGAAAUUAAACUACGAUAACACAUUGUUCAAACCCCAAAGUCAUGGGCAUCUUUCCACAGUAUACAUAUAUAGGAUGCUUCCAGGUAAGCGAUUCCUCUGCCUACCAACAUGCCUGACAGAGCUUGGCGCUUCCAGUGCAGACACGCCUUUUUCUCGGGACACCACAUUCCCAGGUUUUACUAAAACCAGCUCAUUAACAUAUCAUUGGCUUUUUCAGAACAAGCUUGAUGUCAGUUGCAAAUGACUAUAAUAAGAGCUCAGUUACCUCAGAAUUCAUUGAAGUGUUGAGUGCCGCCUGCCUGCAGUGCCUUUAAAACAGUGAGUAGAGCAUCCUGGUGCCACUCAUUCCAUGAGUUUGAUGCACUCUCUGUGAUAACAUCAGCCAUGGAGACAGCAAAGCCAGCACUGUCUUCAGGUUUCUUAAAGGCAUCCUUUGUUUCAGGAUGGCCUUUCAAGAUUUUUUGGCACUGACAGAGAAAGAAGACUAUACAGAGCCUCUGUCUUAAAAAAAAAUUCAAAUCUGUUGGAAGUAUACGAAUCCACAACUUGAUAAAGGGUGCAGUCUGGCCCAUGGUUACAUGUCAGGCCCUUUUUGUUGUUGUUUGUUUCAGGAGUCCAUAGUAUACAGAAGCAUAGUACAUGCUGAGUACUGUGCUGAAAGUUUUCUGGUGAUUUCAGAGCAUUAUCUCCGAAAUGGCAGUGAUUUGAAAGGGGAAAUUUUCCCCGGAUGUUCCCUCAGGGAUAAAUAAGGGAGAAGUCGAGAGAAGUGAGAUUAAGCAAUGUGGUAGCAUGGAAUGACAGCAACUAGGUAAAGGUAAAGGGACCCCUGACCAUUAGGUCCAGUCGUGACCGACUCUGGGGUUGCGGCGCUCAUCUCACUUUAUCGGCCGAGGGAGCCGGCGUACAGCUUCCGGGUCAUGUGGCUAGCAUGACUAAGCCACUUCUGGCGAACCAGAGCAGCGCACAGAAACGCUGUUUACCUUCCUGCCAGAGUGGUACCUAUUGAUCUACUUGCCCUUUGACGUGCUUUUGAACUGCUAUGUUGGCAGGAGCAGGGACCGAGCAAUGUGAGCUCACCCCAUCACAGGGAUUCAAACUGACCUUCUGACCGGCAAGUCCUAGGCUCUGUGGUUUAACCCACAGCGCCACCCGCAUCCCGUGGACAGCAACUAAGGGGAAACCAUUUUUGUUUGUGUGAUGCUCCUUUUUGUUUGCCACCCCACUCUAGAUCUUAUAAACAAUCUCCCACACCUACUAGUGUUUCCCAGUGAGUUGCGGUUGAAGCUACAAGGAUGUGUCAUUUGUAGGCCAGUAAUACAGUAAUGCUACUUCUUCUGCCAACUGUGGGACAAAGUCCUUCUUUAGAAUGAGAUGUGCUAACAAAAUCUAUAUGCCCAUUGCUGAAGUCUCAGGAGAGAUGUGUGCUUAGAUCCUACCUGCUAGCAGCUUGGAAGCGGGGGCAGCACAUAUUCCCCUGUGGUGUGUGAGUUCUUUCACUAGCUUGCAUUAUCAGAUUUGUGUAGCAAGCAUCCCUGACUUGAAGCAUCUUCAUCUCCUCCUCUAUAGCCCAUUAUAGCCAGGAUCAUCUGCAGCAAUAUGCAGCAGUAUUGAGCUGUAGACCUUGGUCUCACAUUAUACUGUGCUGAGCUUAUGUGUGUCCCACUGAUGCACACGGUGCCUUGGAACGCAACCCCUGUGUAAAUGGGGAGUUGCUUGUACCUGGCAGGAGAGGUACAAACACUAUACAAACACUAAGCUAUAAAUAUCUAUAGUUUUAUAUCUAGAAUAAAACUUACUGGUUCUCUAUGUUAAUAUCACACUGUGUAUAAUGAUCUAAAUAGUUGUGGUCAUUUCUGUGGUGCUGGUUCAGAAUGGCCUUCUCAAGGAAAAAUGCCUCACAUUGACAUUGCAAUCUUUUUGAUGCCAGAUUAGGACUUUCCUAUUUCCCUAGAUUAGAUUAUUUUAACUGGAACUGCUUUCUUUGGUCCUUAGUUUUUUGUGUUUGCUCUACUACCUUUUUUGUGUUUUUUGUUGAGUUAUCUUUUGUUUUUGUUGGAUAUGUGAAUAGUUUUCAUCACACUUUUGCACACUGCCCAGGAAUCUCCUGCUUGAGGGUGAUUAAGAAAUAUUUUAAAUGACUAAAUAAACGAAAUACUGAUUCUGAGGGUAGCUCAGUCAGUAGAGCAUGAGACGCUUAAUCUCAGGGUUAUGGGUUUAAGCCUCAAAUUGGGCAAAAAGAUUCCAGCAUUGCAGGGGGUUGGACCCUCGUGGUCCAUUCCAACUCUACAAUUCUAUUAUUCAGUUCAUUUAGAAUAUUUAUAUCCAACUUUAUAGUCCCAAUCACAUUCAUAAAGCUUUGCAAGUAUAAUCCGAAAUAACAUACUGGCAGGUUUAUUCGACAAGCUGCUUUUUUGUCCCCUCAUUCUUAAAUAAAUGACUAAUGAAUCAAUAGUUGCGUGGAUAUUUUAAUUUAAAAGGAGUAUUAAGACUGAGAUGCUGUUCCGUUUCCUUCCUUCAGGACAUCUCCUUGGACUUUCCCAUGACGACUCCAAAUUCUGUGAGGAGAACUUUGGUUCCAUGGAAGAUAAGAGGCUUAUGUCUUCCAUCUUAACAAGCAUUGAUGCUUCUAAACCCUGGUCCAAAUGCACUUCAGCAACAAUAACAGAAUUUCUGGAUGAUGGCCAUGGUAUGUAUGGAUAUCUUAGUGUCCUAUAUCAUGCUGGACAUUAUGUGCUGCUAGGAACUUUAUUUUUAAAAAAAAAACAUUUUAACUCUAAUUUAUAAAAUAUGUGUUUGUUAUUCUAAUUAGAAUUGAAGUUACUUUCACUUUUCUUUAACAUUCUUCAUGCUAUUACAAUAAUCGAUAUCUGACUCUUAAAUGCAAUGAAAUACAGCCCCUGACACUCUGCUACCGCUACCUAAAUGACGAGGAAAAGCAGUAGUAGGAAUAGUAAAUAGCAGUGAGAUGUUGUAUUAGUAAUAGUGGUAGAUAAAAAUAAGUAGUAAUAGCAAAUAUCAAAAGGAUUGCAAAUAGGUAGAUUAUUUACAACAGUGUGAAGUACAGUGGUCCCUCUCACUUAGUCUAGCCUAAGUCAUGGCAGUGGUUGCCAUGAACCAGGGCUAGGAAACAUUACAGUGCACAAGACUCAAAUAAGGAUGGGGUUUGGGCUACUUCCUCAGAGAUGAAACCUCCAGUACAGUGGUACCUCGGGUUAAGUACUUAAUUUGUUCUGGAGGUCCGUUCUUAACCUGAAACUGUUCUUAACCUGAAGCACCACUUUAGCUAAUGGGGCCUCCUGCUGCUGCUGCGCCGCCAGAGCACGAUUUCUGUUCUCAUCCUGAAGCAAAGUUCUUAACCUGAAGCACUAUUUCUGGGUUAGCGGAGUCUGUAACCUGAAGCGUAUGUAACCUGAAGCGUAUGUAACCCAAGGUACCACUGUAGGCCACUUUUAUCACCAGUUGGCAGGUAGAGAACUAAAAUUGAGCAAAGUGACUUGCCCAAGGCAUCAGGGGCUAAACAGAGAUUUCAACUCAGGUUUACACGUCUUUUCAGAAGACAGCCCUGCUUCAAAAGCUGAGUUUGAUUUAUUUAGCUAAUAUUAGUAUUUCAGUGUUCUUUCCCAGCUUCUCCUUAACAACAACAAAAUGCUCUUAAAAUCCUUCACUGUGCUGCUAACGCAACUGCAGCUCUUAAACAACCUUUUCAAAUUCCAGAAUGCUUAGAUAAAAAUGACCUAACUGAACGAAUGGAUCUCGUUGUUAUGGAAACUGAAAUCCUUAUGGAUGAAAAACAUACUAUAUGCAUGCAGCACUUGUAAAAGGCAACAUUGUGUAGGAUGGUUUUGAGUGCUGUGUGCAAUGGUAUGUUUCAUGCCGUUAUCAUUUGUCGAUAACUGCCUCUAACACAGCCAAAUGGGUGGGGUAUAAAUAAUAAAAUUAUUAGUAUUAUUAACUUUUUGCAAUUUUAUAAGGCAUUUAUUAAAGAUCUACAGUUGUAUUUCCCAUAGUAUAUCUACACUUCUUUAGUGUUGUCUUAAACACGUUGCAUUGCAGUCUUAUCCAAGUUAACAUUAGGUGGACAAGGAUGGGAUUGCAGCAAAAGUCCAUUCGCUAGUGUAGCUCCAAGUUGUGAUGGUAUAGUCACAAGAUUUAACAUAAGGUUAAAGUCAGUGUAAGUUCUGUGCAAAUGUAAUUAGAAUGGCAUAAGGAGAAGCAAUGGAUAGGGGUCUCAUUCUGAGCCGAAUGGGUGGCUUAGUCUGAUUCUUAUUCUCCCCCAGGCUAGGCCCCAACUCCCCUGUUGGCACCAACAAAAUAACUGUUAUAUGAAAAUAAGCACUCACAAGAGGUAGUGGAGAGCUCAGAAGAACUCCUCCCUCUCCUCCAUACCCUCUUCCCACUAUCACUAAUGGUGGAUGAUGCAGAAGCCAGUCAUAGCACACCAUCAAAAGUCCAUGAGGCACACUCAUACAUUAAGACGUGUGAAUGUCCCAAAGAAGCAACUUGUGAGGUGGAGUCACUAUGCUAGUUUCCUGGCAGGUGGUAGAAGAAGUCAGGAGAAGGAGGCAGUGGGGAGGUCAGCAGAGUACAGAUACGUUGGCAGAAGUGCCAGAUUGGCUCUACCCAUGCAUUUGCACCACCCUGACCUCCCUGUCACUUUCUCCCCUCCCUCCCAGCAAGCAACAGCGACCUACCUACUAGGAAGCUAGCAUAGCAGCUCUUCCCCCACCUGGCCAGCUGCUUCUGCUGCAUCUAUGAAACAUGAGAAUGCAAAUAGGAACUGUGGUGGAGGAAUAUUCAGUUAAAGGCACAGUUUGCACAAUCAACAUGAUACUUGGGGAAGAUGUGUGUUACAGGGUUCACUCCCAGGAUAACAAAAAUCCUAUACAGUGGUACCUCAGGUUAAGUACUUAAUUUGUUCCGGAGGUCCGUACUUAACCUGAAACUGUUCUUAACCUGAAGCACCACUUUAGCUAAUGGGGCCUCCUGCUGCUGCUGCGCCGCCGGAGUACAAUUUCUGUUCUCAUCCUGAAGCAAAGUUCUUAACCUGAAGCACUAUUUCUGGGUUAGCGGAGUCUGUAACCUGAAGUGUAUGUAACCUGAGGUACCACUGUAAUGUGUCUCCUUUCUGCUCUUACAUGUGUGUGUUGAGAGUAGGAUUCUUGCACGCCAACCCUGCCUUCUGUUGUCUCUCCCUUCCCCCCACCUCCGAAACACAAUAUUGUUGUUUUUGAGCUCCCCAAAAGAAGCAUGUGGAGGCAUCGAGACACAAAGACUCGCCAGGGACAAGAUCUUUAGGUUGUGGAGAACUGGCCCAUGAAAACAUGACCCAGUGUGUGGCAGUGGUGGGAAAGACAAAUUCCAUGUUAGGGUUCAUUAGAAAUGGGACUGAAAAUAAAGUGACCAGUGCCUUCAUAUAAAUAUGUGGUCCAAUCACCCUUGGAAUACGACAUACAUUUCUGGUUGCUGCUUCUCAAAAUGAAUGCUGCAGAGCUGGAAAAUGUGCAGGAAAGGGCAACCAAAACAAUUGAGGGGAUCAAGCAACUCUUCCAUUAUGGGAGAUGUGCGGCCUUCACUAUUACACACAUUGUCUGCAUAGAAGGAUGCAGCAGCACUUGAAGAUCCCCACCUCCUGCCCCAGAGAUCUAUAUAGGUCCUACAGCCUAGCCUCCUAACCAUUGGCUAUGGCAUGCCCUAACAGAUCAGGCACUGUUGUCGAUGCACGGCAGACUCUAUGUGCAAUUUAUGCCUUCCAUGCAUAGGGAAGACACUGUUGGCAAGUGUCAUCACGAUUCCCGUAAGUCAGUAUAGCUGCUGUGGACUUUGUGGGUGGCUGUCUUGUUAGCCCCCCCUCCCCCCCGCCCGUAUUGUUGUUAUUAUGUUUUGGAUAUUGUUCCUGGGGGAGCACAUAAGCCUAACUAGAACCUUCCACUACCUCUUUCUGCAGUAGUGCCAUAGACUUAAUCUUGAGCAGUUCUAUGUGUGGUUAAUAGAGUGUUUCUCAAGCACAGCCUUCAUGGUUACUUGCAGCCACCAGCUGGCUUCUGAGCAGCUGCCUCAUCAUAGACCGCCAUUGGCAUUUCUCAAUCCACACACAUAGCAAACUUGCAAAGUAGCUGACUUAUUUUUCUGUUUAUUGUUAGAAUAAACAAUGUGGUGAGUAAAUAUUGAGGGUCACAUGCUGAGCUACCAAAAAUACUGUUUUAACUCAUUAAUUGGAACAUUUAAAGCAAUGAAAAAGCUUGUUUGUAGUGUCUAAAUGUGUUUAUCCAAGAACUGAGACAGAAUGUUUUUGAGAAAAGGAACAGUUUAAUCCUUGCAUUUAAUCCUUAUUUGACAGAGGCCCCCAAUGUUAAGUUUCUGGGAAUUUUGCACCCCUUAUCUAUUAUCCAGAAAGUUCACUUGGUGCACUUCUAGAAAACACAAAGACCAGGGGAAGGAACCUUCAGAUACAAAUGGAAGCUUUGAGUAAAGUCCUCAUAUUUAUUUUUAAUACUGAAGCUAUAAAUGGGAAUCUUGUGGGGCUUUAGCACCCACAGCUGUAAGCAGGUCAGUUUACAAUAUUACAGAGCCAAGACAGAAGGUUAAAAACCCUGGACAGAUUAAUAGCAAGACGACAUUUAGAAAUCUUCACUGCCUUUUGGGCCAUAGUUAAGAUAGACCUGAAUAAUACUGUUGGACCAAUUACUAUAAUUGGCUCUUUUGAUGCACUGCAGUAAAUGUAUGUGGUUUUUCCCUGACCUGUCUUAUAGGACAUUGUACCCAGGGACUUCUUGUGUACUAAGCCAUUACUUUUCCACAGACCUAUGGCCUCAUAGUGCCAGAUUACAUAGUUUGGUUUGCUUUGCCAUGUGCAUGGCUGUGAGAAAAGGGAGGCAAACAUAUGUGUUGUAUGUUAGGCUGCUUUGAGACUACAGUAAUAUGAAGAGUACAGUGUGGUUAAGACAGGAGUGGGUGGUUGACCAGCUUUGUCCCAAGGGCUACAGGAUUCCAGCAUUUCUUCUGAGGUGGGGUGGGUCUGCCUACAUGUCUUCUCCCACCCACAGGGCUAUGGACUUGGCUUAUAUUAUAGGAAUGGCAGAUUUUCUUUUGCUGUGCAGUUCUGGCAUUUUCCCGGGCAAAAGUAUGCUUGUUUGAAGGAUGCUGUUAGCUGUGUGUGGAUUUCCAUAUUAGAAACAACUACUGAGAUGAUUGUGCUGUUGACUUUGCUGCUAGCACAGUGUAGAAUCACAACAUUACUCCAGCGUUAGCCAUGCUGUAUAUUGUGGACCAUAUACAGUGGACUAUAUAAAGGUAGCAACUGUAUAUGUUGUAAAUGUUUUUCAUAGACUAGUAGCCUUGCAUCUAGCACUGCUCAAGAAUUCUAAGAAGCCAAAAAACAGGGCCAUUUUUAAAUUCGUGAUUAGAAUCAGUGGUUUUGAAAUAUUUAUUCAACUGUCUUGAUUCAAAAUGAUGCCCAUUUGUAUCCAAAUAUAGACCAAACAAAAAAACCCUUCUUGAUCUCAGGAACCAUAAUGCAAAAUUUGGUUUUAUCUUAAGAUGUGUCCAAAUUCAUAGCGAACAAGCAACUUUCCCAAAUAUAUAGAUGAUAAGUUGUUUGGUCUCCUUAUCCUAUUCAUUCUCCAAGCACAGUUCAGCAUGCACAAGAUAACCCAGGGGUGUUUUAUUUCACAACAAUGUAUCAUCAAGUAGCAAGGACACAUUAUUUUAUUUUUAAAAUGCAGUGAAAUAUGCCUGAGGUAAAAGUUAUAUCCUGCAUGCUGGCUCAGGGUCAUCAGAAAGCUGAUAAAGUUUUAAACUUGAGGAGAGAAAUAAGUGAUGAUGCAGAAGGGUGUUUUAACUAAAACUGAAUCAUGAGGGGGGCAAAUAAUCAUGGUGGUUGAGUUCUGUUUAUGGCAGUGAGGUAUCAUUGAUUUUAUUAAAAAGAAAUGUUCUGAAAUAUAGACCUUUAUCCCAAUUAUGUUUUCAAAGUCCCUGAAGUUGGGAGGUAUUUAUAUUCUGCAUGCUUUCAUCCAUCAUCAAGUGGAAGUUGGCACUGCUUGCAGCGAGAGACAGGUUGUGGUAAUCUAUUUUGGCUCAAGAGAAAUGAAGCUUUGCUGAACCACAGGCACCCACACAGGACUCUUACAAGGGUUAUAAACAAGACAGAAAGCUCUUCAGAUUGGCUGUAAUUCCCUGUAUUAGCAUAAGAGCCGGUUACUUCUAUGAGAAAGAAAAACCCUCUAAAAUUGAAUUUCCAGGACAACUACUUGAUGUUGUUUUGGCUUUUUUUCCAAAGAGAUGGUGCCAGGUCAAUGCUUGACAUCACAGAUAACAUAAUUAUGCCUUAUACCAUGUUCUUUUCCGUUUAUAUAGACAUGAACUGCUUGUUCUUUGGUCUUGUGGCUCUCCUUGGUUUUAGGGGGUCCCAAUGAGCACUUGCCACCAAUAUUGCCUUUCCUGUGCUGAUUUGGUUUUUGAUUUAAUGAAUCCUCCUCCCUUCUUACAAGUUUCCCUUGGCUACAGCUGUGUGUCAUGCUUUUUCUGGCUUUCCUUAUUAAGAAGGCUUAGCUUUUCAACAGCAUGUUCAAAUGACAGCUUUGUUUAUUUUGAAAUGUCUCUCGGUCCCAUUGAUAUAUAUGGAAGACCUCACUCACAGAGUGGGUUUGAGUACACGGAAAUUAAAAAGAAACGAAAACCCCUAUGCCCAGUUCUGAAGCUGAUAGUACCAAUUAUAAACUGACAUGCAAGCCAGAGCAAUCCUUUCUUUUUUUUAAUAGUAGGGAAAAUACUUUUUCUAUAUCUGUAAUUUAAAGACCAACUUACUCUGGUGGGACUGCUAGAAAAUAAAAUAAAUGGGUUAUGAAUUGCAGCCUGUGAAAUAAAGGUUAUUGUAAAAGCAGAGGUUAUAUAGCCACAAGCAGGUUACAGUUAGAGGUUUCCACAUGAUAUACAAAAGCCCAACGGAGAACUGAAUGGAUUUGGAACAAACUCUUGAUCACUUUAUCUAGUUUGGAAGCUUCAGAGGUAUGGCAAGCAUCAUAGAGAGGAAGCAAAUUAUAAACUGGGUUGUCCUUUCAGGUAACUGUUUACUGGAUCAACCACGAAAACAGAUCUUGGGCCCUGAGGAGCUUCCAGGACAAACAUAUGAUGCCAUUCGUCAAUGCAAGCUGGCAUUUGGGUCUGAAUACACAGUGUGUCCUGGAAUGGAUGUGUGCUCUCGUCUGUGGUGUGCGGUUGUUCGCCAAGGUCAGAUGGUGUGUUUGACCAAAAAACUCCCUGCUGUGGAGGGGACGCCAUGCGGAAAAGGAAGGAUCUGCCUUCAGGGGAAAUGUGUUGAUAAAACGAAGAAAAAAUAUUACUCGGUAUGUUGCUACUUUAAUGAUCAAACCAUAUGAAAGUGUACAAGGCCCAAUCAUGCUGUGGCCUGUUUUGAGUGAGAAUUCAAGGGAAAUUAAUCAUCAACAGAACAAGGUAUUAGUCUAGGCAUCCCACUUUUCUUUGUUAGGAUACAGUUGAUACUGGACCUCUUGCCUGCUCACCUGGAUUAAAAAGAAUUCUCGAGCUCUCCAACAGCCACAGAACAUGACUUCUGCUGGUCCUGUAGUCUAGCAUUUUAACAACACUUGAUAGGGGCUCCUGCCUUCACUGGAACCAAACUUUCUGGAAUUGGAACAGUUUCUGGAUACAUUUGCCAUGACAGUAUGUUACCUGGUUGAUUGAUUAUGGGUUGUUAGUGCACAGCCAAGUGAUUGUAUCUGCACCAGAGUGGGAGAACCUGACAUAGCUGCUGGUACAAUGGCUGCCCCAGGAUCAAAUGGGGUGUUAACUCUGAGUUCUUCCUUACCUUGUAGUCCUUGGUUUUAGAAACACAAACUCCUUGUGACCUUAGUGUUACCUUUAUCCUGCACUUGAAUGCAACAUUUUGCAGUACUCACCUAGUUUGAUUCUGAUCCAAUAUGGAAUAUUGAAAAGAUAACACGCUAAAGGCAAGAGAACACAAGAAAUGCCCUGCCAGAUCUGACCAAUGUUCCAUCUAGUGUAGCAUCCUAUACCACACAGUGGCCAAUCAGAUGCCUCAAGAGAAGCCGAGAAGCAGGUCAGGAAGGCAACAGCUCUGUCCUUUUGUUGAAUACCAGCUGUUGGUAAUCAGUGACAUGCUGCCUCUGAACCUGGACAUCAAGGUUGCAUACCGACAUCAAGAUUUCUAGUUUCAGUAAAAGAGAAAAAGACGCAGAGAAAGAGCUUUGUUAACCUUUAUCCUUUAUAUUUCAGGCUUCAAACCAUGGGAACUGGGGUUCCUGGGGACCAUGGGGACAGUGCUCUCGCACAUGUGGUGGAGGUGUUCAGUUUGCAUAUCGUCACUGCAAUAACCCUGCACCUAGAAACAAUGGCCGGUAUUGCACAGGAAAGCGGGCAAUCUAUCGCUCCUGUAAUGUCCUGCCAUGUCCUGCCAAUGGUAUGUUUUCCACAAAUCAAAGUCAAUAACAAUGUCAGAGACUGUGGUACUUCUUAAAUAGUGUACAAAUGUUGUUUCUUACUGUACCCAGAGCAGUAGUGGCAUGGUUAAAGACUCUUGACUAUUUCUGCAGAGACUCUAGGUUUAAAUAAUAAUUGACAUUUCUGCAUUCACUACUGCUCUGGGUUGACUACAGUGACUACAUGCACUUUAUGCAAUUGCAAGUGGUUAUCUGAUCUAGUGGGUUGAAGAAGAGAAGUCCAAGAAAGGAAGAGUCGCCUAGAGAGAUUUUGCAUGGACCUGUCAGGGUUUCACUAGAUGGGUGUUAGUUGCACAUUAGACCUACAGGCCAUAUACAGUAUAUCAAGGCUUUUUCCUACUUUAUGCUAUGACAGCUGUUCCACAGGUGAAUCACCAUAUGGUAACAGUGUGGCAUACUGUUUGCUAUGAUGUUUUGUUUUGUUGGAUAUGAUCCAUAAGCUUUGCCUUGGCUGUCCCUUGAUAAGAUGGAUUCUCCAUCUUCCAGUGUUGUGAAUUUGUGUUUGAAAUGAUGCACACCUUGUGUGUAUGCUAGCAUUGGGAGAAUAUACGUACACAAAUAGUAAUGAAUUAUAAUCCUUCUCCAGCUAAAGCUUUUCGCCAGGAACAAUGUGAAGCCAGAAACGGUUACCAGUCCGAUGCAAAAGGUGUCAAAACCUUCGUAGAAUGGGUCCCCAAGUAUGCAGGAGUGCUGCCGGGAGAUGUCUGCAAGCUCACUUGUCGAGCCAAAGGAACUGGCUACUAUGUAGUUUUCUCUCAAAAGGUAAAUGUAGUUUCAAUAACUGCUUCUCUCUCAGAUAACAAAAUAUUUGUGUUAUGAAUAGCAGGGGUGGCCAAGGUCUGUUUAAGCUGAAAGCUUUUCUAUAUCCAAAUCUUCAACAGCCCCUGGCCAGGCUGUUGCUUCUUCUCUCUCUCCCCCCUGACAGAUCUAGCAAGCCCCAGAAAAUAUGCUAAGCCAAACUUUGUUUUAACUAAGCAUGGUGUAGUAGCAAAAAGAACCAGGGAAGGGCAAGGAGGCUACUAGCUGUUUUUUGUGAACCUGCAUGCUCACACAGUUUUACGAAGCCAAUCUUUGGCUUAGCAUGCUGUGGAAAUCAGACUAUAUACAUGGGUAAAAGACCUUCUUUGAAUUUUGUGGUUUUACAUAGGUAAAGGUAAAGGGACCACUGACCAUUAGGUCCAGUCGUGACCGACUCUGGGGUUGCGGCGCUCAUCUUGCUUUAUUGGCCAAGGGAGCUGGCGUACAGCUUCCAGGUCAUGUCGCCAGCAGGACUAAGCUGCUUCUGGAGAACCAGAGCAGCGCACGGAAACGUCGUUUACCUUCCUGCUGGAGCGGUACCUAUUUAUCUACUUGCACUUUGACGUGCUUUCGAACUGCUAGGUUGGCAGGAGCUGGGACCGAGCAACGGGAGCUCACCCCGUUGCGGGGAUUCGAACCGCCGACCUUCUGAUCAGCAAGUCCUAGGCUCUGUGGUUUAACCCACAGUGCCACCCGUGUCAGGACAUAAUAGCAAUCAUCUGUUCCUUAGCAGGUCUUAAAAUUAGGUAAAUACAACAAAUGACAUGGUACACCAUGUCAUGACUCCUCCAACCAUGCUUUUUUGUUAACAUUGUUUGGUUGGCGAACUGCAUCACAAAAUUCAGAUGACUGCGAAUUUGAAAACACAGCUGUGCUUCAUUCUUGAUACUGUUUUGGAAAGGGUGAAUUUGACAGAUUCAGCUUUAAAUGCAAACCGAAUUGAAUUCCUGCCAUCCCUGCUCUUGAGCUUCCCAAAAAGUUAAGAAUGUUCACUAAGAAAUCAUCCAGAAAUGAAUCUUAAAACUGUAGUUUUAACCAGCAUUGACUUCAUCCAACAGGUGACUGAUGGAACGGAAUGCAGGCCGUACAGUAAUUCAGUCUGUGUCCGCGGCAAAUGCGUGAGAACAGGAUGUGAUGGCAUUAUUGGCUCAAAGCUGCAGUAUGAUAAAUGUGGAAUCUGUGGCGGAGACAAUUCCAGCUGCACAAAAAUUAUGGGAACCUUUAAUAAAAAAAGGUAAGAAUUCUGAUCACAGCUAUUGUUUUGCAAGCCGAAUUGAUUAUUGCAAUGGUGAAAGCUAAUUAUGUAGGUUUCAGUGAAAUACAGUGUUGAAUAGCAAAUUUGUAUGCAAAAAUACAGCCAAGAGUACCUCAUCUUCCACUGGAAAGGUCUCGCAGGUGGUGCUGCACAUUCAAACAUAGGGUGUGUAGCAGAUGUGUAAUAGAACUCAUAUAUAGCAGAUAGCAGAGCUUCCACCACUAAGCUGCUUUCCACCAAUUUUACACAAACAGAGAUUUUGUUUUCACUCAAAGUUUUCUAAAGGCUGCUAUAUACCUACAGUGAAGGCAUUUGUUAUUGCCAAGAAAGUACGCCACUUGAUUAUGUUGGCUUGUUUGCUAGAUAUUCCUAGCUUUCUAAUAAUAUUUCUAAUAACUGAUUGGUGGGAACUACCUCACACAACCAAGUUACCACUGCUGUCAAGCUCUGUAUAUUGUACAUUAUCAUAUUAUCAUCUCAGUGUUAAAUGUGCUAAACAAGUUGCCUGAAUGCCCUGCUUCAGAUAAGCACUCUGACACUGCAGUAAUGUGAUAAUCCUCAUCAUUAUUGUUUUUUGUGUGGAUACUUCAUCCUUUUUUUGUUCCUGACCAGACUGAGCAUUUCAACUAUAUUUCAAAUUUCACAUUUUAACUAUAUAAGACCUCACUUAAUGUCAGGUUUCCUGUUAUGAAACUCACUCAUAUAUAACACAACUAACACAUGAGAUGAAUAGAGUAAUAAUUCUUCAAAAAGCAAUAGAAAUUAUACUGUGUAAAAUGUAUUAAUUAAAUGUUACCACUAGAGAUGGGUGAGCUUUCCAAAGUGGCUUUUGGAUUAACUCAUAAAUUAAUACUAGUCAGAAAUGAAUACUAAUACAAAAAGAUACUAGUCUCCAAUAUCAAUAAUAAUAUUUAUUUUUCACAGGGAUUAUGAAUGAAAUAAUCUAAAUUAGUAUUACUAUUAUUACUUUUGUGUGUGUGCAUGUGUAUGCUUAAUUUUAAUUUUCAUUCAAUUGUAUUUUUUCAUUUCUUUAAAAAAGCAGGGGGAGAAUUCAGGUAUAUUUUCCAAAUUAACUCCACAUCUUUUACCUGUCCCCAUACAAGCUUGCACUAUUAGUAUCAUUGUUUCAUGACAUUGAAUAGGGGGAAAUUAAGAAGACAGGGAAGCUGUAUUUCUUCUCCCAUUCAAAUUUUAAUAUGAGGGUGGUUCUAGAGGGUGUAACCUUUACCUCUUUUUGGAAGUAAUUUAACUUAGUUUAAUUAAGCCCCAAAAAAUCUUUCUGAAGCCUCUAAUCGUUUUCAAUUAAGUUUUACUUAGACCUACAAAACCUAAUGAACUACUUAGCUGUGUGGGUCUAUGAGUAAAGUUUAGUUGACUAUCACCCUAUUUCUCAUCAUCACGUUUGUGAUAUCGUAUUUCAACAAGUGCUGAUAAAGUGGGAUGCUUUCAUUGGCUUCAGCAGAAUUUGAAUUAGCUCAUCUUCUAUUGGAAAUUAGAAAAGACAGAUACAUUUAUCGCUAGACCCAGUUCAUUGUCAGAUAAGUGAACUACUAUCAAUGGCUUCAAUAGGUUUCGAAAGACUAUCCAUUUCUUUCUCACUAACAUGUACUUUUCUUACAUUUCAGUAAGGGCUACACAGAUAUUGUGAAAAUACCAGAGGGAGCAACACACAUCAAAAUCCGACAGUUCAAAGCAAAAGACCAGAGUAGAUUCACAGCUUACUUGGCCCUGAAAAAGAAAAAUGGUGAGUACCUUGUCAAUGGGAAGUACAUGAUCUCAACCUCAGAAACCAUCAUUGACCUCAACGGAACUGUCAUGAACUAUAGCGGCUGGAGUCACAAGGACGAUUUCUUGCAUGCAAUGGGACAUACAGGCACGAAGGAGAUCCUCAUUGUACAGAUUCUUGCAACUGACCCAACUAAACCAUUGGACGUCCGUUACAGUUUUUAUGUGCCAAAGAAGCCAACCCAAAUGACAAACUCCGUCACCAGCAACAGCAGCAGUAACAAACUGGCAACGCCGCUCACCCAGCCCCAGUGGGUGACUGGACCGUGGCUUUCUUGCUCUCGAACAUGUGACACAGGCUGGCACACAAGAACUGUCCAGUGCAAAGACAGAAAUGAAAAAUUAGCUAAAGGGUGUCUUCUGUCUCAAAGACCUUCAGCAUUCAAACAGUGCUUGCUCAAAAAAUGUUAACCUGUGGUUCCGUCGGCUUCUUAAAAAGGAGCCUCAUUAAGUCGUAGUUGACAUGUUGACAUAAGGUCUACCCCGGCACAGAGAAAAGCCAACACUUCAAUAUGCUUUCAUGUUGUCUCAAAUUAUGGGCAGAAUCUGCCUAUUUGGACCAAAUGAAGAUAUGCACUGCUCUGAGUCACAGUGAGGUGAUCUUGAUAUGUCAAAGGCACUAAACAUUAGUCGCUACAAGCCCUUUGUAUCUGCAAAUAAGAAGAGGAUAAACCAGUGAAUCAUCUCCCUUAUCUCACCUACCUCUAACACAGUAUGUCCUUAGACAACUUGUCAUACUUACCCACGAUACCACAAUAGCUUUUUUAUACUAUUUGUAAAUAUCUCUGCUUUGGUAUGUCACUUUAUAAUCACUUGAUCAUCUUGUGGAAGAACAAAGGCCUUUCUAUACAACACAAGUGAUUGACCAAAGUAUGUCUGCAGCCAUUGAGGACUCCACAAUUUCAAAAAUGGCUGUGGAUAUUUUACUGGAAAGUUAAAGAGCUUGCUGCUUUAUUUUUAAAAAAAAAAAGAUUUAAUUUUUGACAAAAGGAAAUGCAUUUCCAUCCUAGGAAUUUCCUCACAAGACUUUAGUUCUGUAUUAAUGCCUUUCUAACCAGAUAUUCUCAUACAAGUGGACCUCUGCAGCAAAAAGAGAGAGCUGCUAGUAUGUAUCUUGAAAAUGUAAAAGGGGGGCAUACUUAAUUCUGUUUUAGCAAAUGAGAGGGUCAUGAUCCAGUCCCAUAUGUGCAUCCUUCCACGUGCAGGGAGACAGUGUGAAGGAAUUCUACAUGUGGGAGCAGCACAUAUAAGAGAGUUUGGUGAGGCACUGGAUCAUACCUUCAGUGUCUUCUAUCUCAAAUAUUCUGAUACCUGUUCACAUCUUUCUUUUAUUAGUUUCACAGUGGCUUCUACUGGAAAUCUAGCAAUGUAGUGAAUUUCUUAUCUACUGAAGAAGCUAUGAAGAAAUCAAAAUACAUAGCAUAGGUUUCUUGCAUGUAGCAAUGUAUUGUCUAAUACUUCUAAUGUUGGGAUGCAUUUUUACCACUCGGACAACCCCAAUCCCAAUGCACAGGCUCAGUUAUGAACAAAGAUAUAUUGUGCACAAACUGUCCCAUUGUUGCAAUGGAGCAUGUGCAAUCUUCUGCACAUAUGGCUUGGGCCACUCCAUUGAAUUCUUUCAGGUGCACCUCAAAACUCCCAUACAAUUGGGGGUGCCCAUGCACAAUUUGUUUUAAUUAGUUAAUUUUAAAACAAAAAACAAAACUAUAAAAUAUAUUUAUUUUUUGUGACAUUGCAUAUUUUUGUAGAUUAAGGCUGCAAUCCUAUACCCACUUACUUGGGAGUAAGUCCCAUUGAGUAUAACGGGACUAGCUUCUGAGAAAAUAUGUACAGUAUAGCUCAGCAAGGGCCACAAUAAGUGAUAGCUAUAGUCAGUGCUUUUGGGGGGGAUGCAGGGGUACACAUACCCCUAAACAUUUUGUGAAUAUAAGUUUAGCCUCAUUGAGGGGCAGUAUUUCAAUAUGGGGAGGAAAAUGAGAGUAACCCUAAACAUUUUUUUUAGGAAAAAAAAAAGCACUGGCUAUAGUCAAUAUUCUGAAGAGUAUUUCCACCAAUAAAAGGGUGCAAUUUUUUCCAGGGCAUAGGCAAAUAAAUUUUCCAUUUUAGAAAGGUAACAUAAAUACCUCGAUCUGAAAUGUGAUGAAAUUAAUUGAAUUUUGGAUGAUGUUUAUAUAAUACGGAAAAUAUAUAUAUAUGGGUAUAAAAUCUCAGUAAAAGAAGAUUGCCCCUCUCCUCCUAGUGCCUUCCACAAAUAUUGCAAGUAUGGACAAUUCUUGACUUUCCAUUGCAAUUUAGUUUUAGAUUUCAGGGGAGUCAGGACUAUAUCUGAAAGUACCCAAGUUUAAUUUUGAUCUAAAGUAUUUGCACUCCAGCACUAGUUCUGAUGUUGUUCUGGAACAGUGGUUAGAAUGCACCAUUCUAAGCAUUUAUUUUCUAAUGCAGGAUGUUUUAGGGUGAAUAGAUUGUUAAACCACUCCCAUUUAUAUAGGCCAGGAGUAGGAAACCCUGUGGCCCUCUAGAAAACUAUGUGUUUGCAUUCCUGUUGGCACUCCAGAACCUGUGGCAUUUCAGACAUCUCUCACCAUCCCUGAUCAUUGGACAUAUGAACUAGGGCUGAUCAGGUUUGGAGUUGAACAACAUCAGGAGAGCUAUAGGUUGCCAACAAGUCCUGUUUACAGCUAUUUCAUUGCAGUACAGUAGUACUCCCAUUUAUAAGUAAUAGCCUGACUUGAUAAGACAUUAUCAUCAAUGAUGAUUGACAACUGCACUUUCACAUCCAGGUCAGACUGAUGCCCAUUAGGACUGGUAGCGCAGAAGGCAGGGAGACCAACAGUAGACAGAGACAGAGCCAAUGACUGGUGGAGCCAAUGAAUUAUCGGUAUGUCUCUAGUCUCUUCUCUGUUGCAUUAUAAAAUGGCAACACCAAGACUAACAAGGAGGAAGCUGACAGCAGCAGCACCCGCUGGACUGAUUGUAAGAAGGCAGGCAUUGUCCUAAUUGCCCUAAAAGACCAGCCGAACAGAUAUGGGUUUGAAGAAUGUAGGUGCAUUUACUAGGUACAUAAUAUGUUGAUCCAAACAAACAGGCGUUUCCAGAAAACACACUGAUUGAUUAAAACAGCUGUUCUCCAGCACUGUUCUAGCAUAUGUAAUUAUGCAUAGCUAGUUGUGGCAGGAUAUGGAUAGGGUUGUGCAUCCAGAUGUGGAUCAAAAAGUGCAUCCCAUCUAUAGCAUUGCAAGGUGAAUUAGCAAUAUCCACAUUCAAAUGCAUGCCUCCUUUUUAUACCUGUAAUUCCUGUCCAGAGAAAGAGUGCCACAUAUGAAAUACACCUCUGCAGAAUGCUUCCACCUGUGACUAUAGGACUGGGAGAGAUAUCAGUUUAGUACAUUCUUUCACCCACUUUCUGUUCCAAAUUAUAGAGGUCCCCUGACUUUAAACAGUUCUCAUGCCAUUAAACAAAUUCUGAUCUUAUGUGCAUAAUCAAGGAGAUUGAGCUUUCUAUCUAUAAAAGAUUUGGCACCAUGUCCAGGAUCACCUUUCAGUACUUGCCUAAAUUCUUUAUGAGAAGAGGCCUGAGGUGCUUGAACAUUAUGGGUUAUAUCCAGGGUUUUUUCCAGCUGGAACUUGCUGGAACUCAGUUCCAGCACCUUUCAGGUGGGUGCCAUUGCCAUUAUAAGGCAACAAGGGAGGGGUUCAUGGUGAGUUCCAGCACCUCUUUUUCUAGAAAAAAAGAACUGGUUAGAUCCGUGAAUCAAUGCUCCUAUAUUCUAGGGUUGAUGAACCUGUAGCCAUCCAGACGUUGUUGGACUUCAGAUCCUAUCAGCCCCAACUAGCAUGGCCGAUGGUCAGGGAUGAAGGAAGUGAUAGCCCAACAACAUGUGUAGGGCCACAGGUUCCCCAUCCCUGCCUUACACUCUAGUUUUCCCAAGCAAUAGUAUAGGAAACUUUUAACUGAAAGUAGUCCCUUCAAGAACAGGAAAGGGAAAACUCAAAAGAAGCAACUGAACCCAGUAAGCUAAAUGCAGAGAUGGUGUACAUACAUGUAGAAGUAUGUGCGAUUGAGUUCCAUGAAGCCAACUUCCUAGUAAGCGUGUUUAGGAUCACUGUCAUCAUGGUCUAAGUUACAUGGGCACAUGUAAAUUACUCAAACUCAGGUAAAGCAUGGAAAUAAACUGAAUUUUAGUUUCCUUAUUAUAGCAUGAUCCUAGGACAUGUGUGACAUAUGGUAAGCACAUUACACUUUGGCAAGAAAUAAAAAAGGCAAAAUUAAGGAGAACUGUGUGUUUGCCCUUUUCCUGCACCCUCCCUACCUCUCUUGCUCUCUUCCGCAUUGCUUUCUGCACUCAUUAAUGUGAAACUGGUGCCAAUUGUCACUUUACAGUUUCUGACUAUGUUUGAAGCAGGUCAGUGCCAGAGACUCAAAUCUAGUCACCACCUGAUGUACUGUUUGGUUAUUCAGAUUUUCUCUGAGAAUUCUACUAGCUUGAAUGGGAGCGUAUCCACUGCUAAAAUCACAACUGGUGCCAUGAUUCAGUGCAUCUCUGUACAGUGAAGGCUAACUUUCCAAAUAAUCCUCUACACUAGAAAGCUGUAAUCCUCAAACCACAUGCUGUCACUGUAUGAAACCUAUUGGGUGGUUUAAAGAUUGAAUAAGGCUGAAUGGAGUAACUUUUCCAUGGAAAUAGUUUAUCCUAUGGGGAGGGAGUGGGGAAUGAUGUUGGUAACUGAUCACAGAUGUAAAAAGAAAAAAAGAAAAUUUAAAAUUUAAAAAACAAAAAAGUAAAAAAGCAACAUAGCACUGAAAAUAAAUAAUUUAUUGUUUUUAC